CAGCGAGAGUGACUGCUCUUUAGUAAAAGUAUGGUCUAGCAGCCCGUCGCUUGUUGGUAACCGUGGUCACAGCUGGUACUUUAAGAUGAACAACUCGAGCACAGAGGGGGCUUCCACCAAGGCACCCCUCAAUGCCGAGGCCGCAGAAAGGGGUGGCGGUGACAUUGGGGGUAUUCUGGCCCCGGAGAUGAUCCGGCUGACCGGUCUAAAAGACGAGAUAGAAAGUAAGACAAGAGUGGCCUGGGACUCCAAGGUCCAGUACUUGUUCAUGGUCAUCUCUUACGCUGUGGGGCUCGGCAACGUCUGGAGAUUCCCGUACCUGACACAGAUGCAUGGCGGGGGUGAGUAGACAGAGUUCAUGUCCCUGUGUUGUUCGUUGGCAGUGUCUGAUCGAGUUACGCUUCUUGACCAGUGGUCUGAUUGAUAUUGGUUCAUUGAUAGUGUCUGAUUGAGUUGUGCUCCUGGACUAGUGGUCUGAUUGGUAUUUGUUCAUUGGCAGUGUUUGAUAGACAUUCGCUCCUCUAACAAUGGUUUGAUUGAUAUUUUAUGAAUAGAACAGAUCUUAUUUUCAAGAGUAGCAAUGCUACCCAUUGAAUUGAUGUUUCAUUUUGGCAACUUGGUUUUUAUUUUUUUUUCUGCCCGACAUCCCACCCAUGGGAAACCCCUACCCCUCUUCCCCCCCCCCAAAAAAAAAGGGGAAAAAAAAAGAUUUUGCUUAAUGUUUCCAAUACUGUAAAUUUCCAUUCACUUGAUUUUCUAUCGAGGCAUUCGCGCACAGAACUCUGACUCCGUUUGAGUACAACUAAUAUGAAUUAAGUUGGACAAGGAGUCUCAAUCAGAUUAAUGAGACCUAAACAAAGUUGUGUAAAGAAACAAUAUAGUUAGGCCAUAAUAAUUUUUUUUUUAAAUACACCAAAGUGAUCUGUGGUCGUGCCUACCAGAGUGAUGUGUGGUCGUACAUACCAAAGUGAUCUGUGGUCGUGCCUACCAGAGUGAUGUGUGGUCGUACAUACCAAAGUGAUCUGUGGUCGUGCCCACCAGAGUGAUCUGUAGUCGUACAUACCAAAAUUAUCUGUGGUCGUGCCUUUAAGCCAUCUUAGCUAUCGCAUUCAUUAUAUAUAUAUCGUAGCUAUCGUAUAAAUUCUACUAGAGACCAGCCAAAUUUCGGCUACGGUUUCGGUUUGGGCGCCGAACGUUUGAUCACUUUCGGCGUAGUUACGGUUUUGGCCGAAACAGAAGAGUUAAAUUUGUGUUUAUUUUUCGGUUCCGGGGCUAGAAAUAAUAUCGUUUCAGACAGUCGACAUGUCUGCCACCUCACGACAUGUCUGCUGCCUCACGACAUGUCUGCUGCCUCACGAGAUGUCUGCUGCCUCACGAUAUGUCUGCCGUCUCACGACAUGUCUGCAGCCUCACGACAUGUCUGCUGCCUCACGACAUGUCUGCUGCCUCACGACAUGCCUGCUGCCUCACGUUCGUCCAUCCUGCACGUGAAUCCCUCCGGCUGGAGUCUGUCCUCCAGGCUGCCACUCAUACCAUACCUACACCUGGCACUGGAUGCUAUAGUUACGCCACGGCGCAAAGAACACCAGCAACUGUAUGUGAAACAUGGAACGCUUUGUCAAGGCGUCAGAAAAUCAGAAUCAAAAUUUCAUUCCAAGAAUUAUUUUGGGUUAAUAUAGCAAAGUAAAACUGUUCAGCUUCGGUACAUUCUCAGCUGUCACAUCAAGACCUAUUUCAGGGAUCGACCUAUUUCAGGAAUGGGCCUAUUUCGGCAAUGGGCCUAUUUCAGGAAUGGACUUAUUUUAGGAAUUGAAUUAUUCCAAGAAUAGGCUUAAUGCUGCAGUAUCAAUACCAACAACCUUAAUCCUACCCUGCCCCCAUUUGCUGCGUAUAAUUAAUAAACCGGAAGCCUCUAUAUUAAAUCUAAUUUAGUUUUGGAUGAACAUUCAUUACAUUUUAUUUAGUCUUCAUGUUCAACUAAAGCAAGAAGCUGACACAAUUUUAUUGUUUAAAAUACGGUCUCUUAAAGUUGUCACACAUAAGCUGAUCCAGGUUCACGCUGAAUUUAAUACAUAAAUAUCGCUAUUAGAGUUUAACUUAACAAGCAGUUGGCGGGCCGGAUAACCCAAAGCCGCGGGCCGUAUUUUGAUUGCCGCUGUGCCAGUGGUGCACAGGUUUUAAUUCGACAAUGAAUAAGCCGUUGUCUCUCUGUGUUACACUAUGAUGAUGUCACACAGUAAGUCGGGCACAGCGUCUUACAGAUAGAGUUCCAGAGUUCAUUGGUCUCAUGGCAUUGAUACAAGACGAUCUCACAAAUACAUUAACUCUCCCUAUUCUCUCUCUCUCUCUCACUCACUCACACACACACGUUCUCUCUCUUCUCUCUCUCUCUCUCUCUCUCUCACUCACACACACACACGUUCUCUCUCUUUUACACGCAGACACACACACCCUCGAUGAUUGGAGACAUUAUGUUGUCUGAUUACAGUGGAGUUUCUUCUCUGACAACAGUAGAGAUUGUCUACCUGACUUACGCUCUCUUCCUUCCACGCAUUGCCAACAAUUGUUGCAAUGAUUGAGAUAUGUGUGUCUUCGUGGGAGAUAACUAGACCGGUCUGUGCAGAGAGAUCAGAAAACGAAAACUCACCUGAGAUUCCUUAGAGCGGGCUCAUUUAAGCUCUAGGUGAGCUCAUUUAAGAUCCAGGUGAGCUAAUUUAAGCUCCAGGUGAGCUACAAACAGGAACAAAUCUCAUGCAUUUUUUUGGCUCUAAGGUCAACGUUAUGCAUUGGACAUUGACUUAUUAAGAGAAUUUAUAUAUCUAGCAGAGUUGACUUUGCCAGGUAAUACGCUGUGCGGUUGGCGAAGAGGAGGUGGGGGCGGAGGGGGUGGGGGCGAAUCCUGAUGACAAAAUGGGAAAAUUUCAUUCUUGCUGUCAACCGUCCCAACACAUUUGUCAUUUGGGGAUCCGAUAAGAUCUAUUAUAUUUACACCUAGGUGUUCCCAUCUAUUUACACCUCCUUGUUCCCACCUAUUUACACAUGGCUGUUUUCAUCUAUUUACACUUUGUUGUUCACACCUAUUUACACCUGGCUGUUCCCAUCUAUUUACACCUGGUUAUUCUCUGGUUGUUCAUACUUAAUUACACCUGGUUGUCCGACCUAUUUACACAUGGAUGUUUCCAGCCAUUUACUCCUGGGUUGUUCACAUCUAUUUACACCUCGAUGUUCGCAUCUAAUUAUACCUGGGUAUUCCCACCUAGUUACACCUGGCUGUUCACGUCAAUUUACACCUGGCCGUUAAAAUCUGGUGCAUCUUGACUGUUCCCUCCUGGAUAUGUUCCCGGUUGGUUCCUCUAAGCCAAAUAAAUAUCUUUCGAAAGUUGACAUCAGCAUAUAUUUCGAUGUCAUGUCAUUGUCUCCCUUGGUGCCCUGGCACUCUAGGUAGCGUCUUCAGUUUCACAAUAAUAAGGAAACUAGGUCACGCAAACCUGGAAUAUCGGUUAUGGGACAAGAUGGAGGAUACGAGUUUCGUAUGAUGGUUUUAGAAAUGGCAAGUUGGUCUGAUAACAACUACGGGGAUAUGGGUCUUAUUUAUGACUAUAGUUCUAGAAAUCUCAUGCCAAUACUUCUAGAAAUCUCAUCUCAUGCCAAUACUUCUAGAAAUCUUAUCUUAUGCCAAUAGCUCUAGAAAUCUCAUCUUAUGUCAAUAGUUCUAGAAAUCUCAUCUUAUGACAAUAGUUCUAGAAAUCUCAUAUCAUGUCAAUAGUUCUAGAAAUCUUAUCUUAUGCCAAUAGUACUAGAAAUCUCAUCUCAUGCCAAUAGUUCUAGAAAUCUCAUCUCAUGCCAAUAGCUCUAGAAAUCUCAUCUUAUGCCAAUAGUUCUAGACACCUUAUUUUAUGCCAAUAGUUCUAGAAAUCUCAUCUUAUUCCAAUAGUUCUAGAAACCCACGUGGAAAUUUCCAGUGAUUUCGCCCCAUCCUAUUUGAUCCUGACCUCUGACCUCAGACAGGGGCGGCGAAAAGUCCUUCGUCAGUCGUCAUGUAUUGAUUUCGCAUGUAUCAGAAGUCACGUGGUCUAUGGAGGUCUUGUUUUGGUCUGUACUUUGGAGAGAGGAAGAGGGUCGGGGAGUGAGGGUAAGUGAGGAGGGACCGAUUCGGUUGCAUAGCUAUUUAGAUUUCCGUUGGCAUAUGGUAAGAAGAAUUGCUAUAUGUCCAUCCUUCUAUCUCUUAUCUGUCCACCCAUAUUUCAAUCCUUCUGUCCCUUUAUCUGCCACCUGUCUCUCGUAAUGUCCAUCCAUAUGUCCAUCCGAAUGUCUCUCAUAUGUCCAUCCUUAUAUUUCUUUGUCUCACAUUUUUCCCAUUUUGUAUCUCUCGUCUGUCCAUUCAUCUGACAAUCAAUAUGUCCAUUCAUCUGUCCAUUAAUAUGUCUAUUCAUCUGUCCAUCCAUAUGUCCAUCAAUAUUUCCAUCAAUCUGUCCAUCCAUAUGGCCAUGCUGAUAUCCGUCAAUCUAUUUUCUCCUCCUUCCCUGGUAAGCGCGUGCCAAAUACAACUUAUCAUCAAAUGAUAUAUACACUUUCGAACAGUCUAUGACUGUCCUACACAUUCCAACAGUCUAUGACUGCCCAACACAUUUCAACAGUCUAUGACUGCCCAACACAUUUCAACAGUCUAUGACUGCCCAACACAUUUCAACAGUCUAUGACUGUCCUACACAUUCCAACAGUCUAUGACUGUCAUACACAUUCAAAAAGUCUAUGACUGCCCAACACAUUUCAACAGUCUAUUAACUGUCCUACACAUUCCAACAGUCUAUGACUGUCCUAGACAUUCCAACGCUCUAUGACUGUCCUACGCUAUGACUGACCUAAACUUUUCCAAAAGUCAAUGAAUAUUGAUAUGUAGUACAAUUUUUCCCCGUGCUUGAACUUUGUAAAAUUGUAUAAAUUGUAUAAAUUGUAAUUUGUACUGUUUUGGGUGUCGUACUUUUGUUAUUGUAUUUCUCUAUGAUAUCGUCCUUUGUUAGGCACUGUUUGAACGAGCCAUACAUUUAAAAUAGGAGAUUAACUUCUCAAAAUGAAAGGCAGUGCGAAACACUGUCCUACACAUUCCAACAGUCUAUGAUUUUCCUACAAAUUCCACCACUCUAUGACUGUCCUACACAUUCCAAAAACUAUAUAACUGUCUACACAAUCCAACAGUCUAUGACUGUCCUACAGAAUCCUACCAAAUAACCAUUCUUGGUUCUUAUCCUUCUCGAAGAUUCCUGAUAUUGUCCCAUGUGGCUCGUCGUGGACCAAUGUGGAUUUCCCAUGACCUUAACCUGUGUGCAAAUAGCCAGGACUCCAGAUAUCAAAUAAAUAAGUGUCCGAUAUAUUAUUACUAUCCGUGACGUAAUAGUCACAAUUCGCCUCCAUGUCUUGACUUUAUCGUCAGAUGAUUAGGGUCUUCAUCUCGCGGUGUAUUACAAAUCCUGGAAAAUCGGAUGCAAGUUAGCCUCGUCCUGUGAUUCCGUAAUCUCGUUGAAAAAGCUAAUUCUAUAUAAAAUAUCAUAACAUGGAAACUUCAAUAAGAAAAUGUUAGUUUUUAACCAGUGCUUAAUUGUUAUAAUCGUUUAAUGAAUUGAAAAAGUAUAUUCGGAUUUACUGAGUAGUCGAUUAGUUGCUAUUAGUAGCUUCAUAUAAGCCGGCUUAUCCCUUGCAUAAGAUAAAUAGCUGUAUUCGAAUACUUUACAACAGUACUACGUAACCGAAUGGAGACAACACCAACCUUCUUUUAAACUGUAUUUGAGUUUUGCAUAUCUGACAGGUCCUAUACAAGAUUCCACAGGGAUUAUGUCAUCCUCGUUGAGGAAUCCUAAAGAUAAUGAGUCAAAGUAAAGAGAAUUUAGGGCUCGCGGGUCAUAUGACAAUGGCUCGUGGGUCAUGUGACAACGGCUCGUGGGUCAUGGGACAACGGCUCGUGGGUCAUGUGACGAUGGCUCGUGGGUCAUGCGACAAUGGCUCGUGGGUCAUGUGACAACUGCUCGUGGGUCAUGUGACAAUGGCUCGUGGGUCAUCUAAAAGCGGCUGCUUGAAGUCGUGUUUUCCAACUUCUCUCCCCUUUUCAUCAACUGUUUGGGGUUUGCUGGUUCUUUAGUUGUAGUGUGUUGGUCAACUUUGGGGUCAAGACUUCGAGGCGUUCCCUUGGUGUGUUCAUUCUGUCAACAAGCAGUUGUGUGGCGGCCAGAUGUUUUAGGUCAGUAGCAUCUAGUUUGCUGUAAAAGAUUGGGUCAUUCUGUCCACAAUUCAAUGUGUGGCAGGGAAUUAUGCCAUUUGGAAAACACUUGUCCGGGUACCCGAUGACCAAUGUAUCCGGGUACCCGACGAGUUUUGAGCCUGAGGUCAUUAAGAUAACCGGACAUCAACAUCGUCACCAUUUUGACACAUGUUGUAUCAUCCGCCAAUGUAACUGUGUUGCUUGUUACGACCUGCUUGAGAUCUAUCGUCAACUAUAACAUCAUCACAAUUAACUUUCUUUAUUAAUUUCAGGACAUUCUAUAUCAGCGGUUCUCAACCUGUGGGUCGCGACCCCUUUGGGGGUCGCACGACCCUUUCAAAGGGGUCGCCUAAGACCAUCUGAAAACACACAUACUCCACAGUUGUAAAGUAUUAACGAAAAUAAUAUUGUGGUUGGGGGUCGCCACAACAUGAGGAAAUGUAUUAAAGGGUCGCGGCAUUAGAAAGGUUGAGAACCGCUGUUCUAUAUCGAUAUGUUCCCUUGUUAUCGCCAUCUCAACUUAUUUUUGUCUACUGACUACUAAGCUUAGCAUGUUGUCGCCUCUUCUAAUGAGCUUGGAAAUUUGAGCUCUCGUAACUUUUCAACGGAAACAGAUGGACCGAAAUGGAUUUGAUUUUUCAAAGUAAUACGUCAUUUUUUGCUAGAACAGCGGUUCACUUUAGUAGGCGAAUGGAUUGUAUUUUAAUCGCCAGACCCCAGAACGGAGCAUUAUACAAGACAGUACGUUUCACAGGCACCCACCCAGGGUCGUAGACAGGCGCUGGUGGGAAUUUUUCAGGUGACAUCGGGCGCUAAUGUCAGGCAGCAGAGCAGGGUGUCAUCACGUAGCAAAUUCACUGCCCCUUAGACAAUGUCGGGGGACUUUCGUUUGAAAAUAAUAUGAAAUAUUUCCCGUCGACAAUGCAGGUAUAUUAUACGAAGUGAAAUAAAACAUGACAAAUCAAGGCACUAUUUAAAAUAAAGUACACAUUUAAAAAACAUCAAGUAUAUUACAAGUAUUUAUGGAGGCAGUGCUCUAUCUUUACAUAAGUUCUUCUAUCUUUACACAUGUUCUAUCUUUACGUAAGUUCUUCUAUCUUUACAUAAGCUCUUCUAUCUUUACACGUGUUCUAUCUUUACAUAAGUUCUUCUAUCUUUACAUAAGCUCUUCUAUCUUUACACGUGUUCUAUCUUUACAUAAGUUCUUCUAUCUUUACAUAAGCUCUUCUAUCUUUACACGUGUUCUAUCUUUACAUAAGCUCUUCUAUCUUUACAUAAGCUCUUCUAUCUUUACACGUGUUCUAUCUUUACAUAAGUUCUUCUAUCUUUACAUAAGCUCUUCUAUCUUUACACGUGUUCUAUCUUUACACAUGUUCUGUCUUUACAUAAGUUCUUCUAUCUUUACAUAUGUUCUUCUAUCUUUACACGUGUUCUAUCUUUACACAUGUUCUAUCUUUACAUACGUUCUUCUAUCUGUUAAUAAGUUCUUCUAUCUUUACACGUGUUUUAUCUUUACACAUGUUUUAUCUUUACAUAAGUUCUUCUAUCUUUACACUUGUUCUAUCUUUACACAUGUUCUAUUUCUACAUAAGUUCUUCUAUCUUUACAUAAGUUCUUCUAUCUUUACACGUCCUCUAUAUUUACACAAGUUCUAUCUUUACACAACAGAUUCGGCCAUUAUGACACAUCCUUAAAUACAAAGUUUUUCCCGAACAUUCGAAUAACGCUAAAUUCGUAGAGGGAUUAAAUGACCGGCCAUAUGCCCGCGUGACGUCAUUUUAGCGGUAAUUCAUGUCAAUCUGUUGUCUAACAAGAUUUGCUCCGACAAGAUGGAUCACGACUGACAUUUGGCUGUGCUUCCUAUGACACUGUGCUAAAUGACGGAUCUUUAAGUAAGUGGCAGGGGGGAAUACGUCAUUCAUUGUUUGAUUGAACAGUUGCUUUGACUAAAAGAGAGGGGUGUGGGAGGAGGAGUGAUGAUGGGUGGAGAGGGGUGAGAAAUGAUGAGGAGAGGGGAAUGGAGUGAUGGAGAAAUCGAAAGGUUGGAGAAAUUGGGAGGAGGGAGUAAUUGAGAGGGUAAAGAAAUAAAGAGAAUGGGGAACAUGGGAGGCGGGAGAGAAGGGGGAACAUGAGAGGUGAGAGAGAAGGGAAAACAUGAGAGGUGGGAGAGAAGGGAGAACAUGAGAGGUGGGAAAGAAGGUAGAACAUGAGAUGUGGGAGAGAAGGGAGAACAUGAGAGGCGGGAGAGAAAGGAGAACAUGAGAGUCUGGAGAGAAGGGAAAACAUGAGAGGUGGGAGAGAAGGGAAAACAUGAGAGGUGGGAGAGAAGGGAAAACAUGAGAGGUGGGAGAGAAGGGAAAACAUGAGAGGUGGGAGAGAAGGAAGAACAUGAGAGGUGGGAGAGAAGGGAAAACAUGAGAGGUGGGAGAGAAGGGAGAACAUGAGAGGUGGGAGAGAAGGGAGAACAUGAGAGCUGAGGAGAAGGGAGAACAUGCAAGGCGGGAGAGAAGGGAGAACAUGAGAGGUGGGACAGAAAGGAGAACACGAGAGACGGGAGAGAAGGGAGAACAUGAGAGGCGGGAGAGAAAGGAGAACAUGAGAGGUGGGAGAGAAGGGAGAACAUGAGAGCUGAGGAGAAGGGAGAACAUGCAAGGCGGGAGAGAAGGGAGAACAUGAGAGGUGGGACAGAAAGGAGAACACGAGAGACAGGAGAGAAAGGAGAACAUGAGAGGCGGGAGAGAAGGGAGAACAUGAGAGGCGGGAGAGAAGGGAGAACAUGAGAGGCGGGAGAGAAAGGGGAACAUGAGAGGUGGGAGAGAAGGGAGAACAUGAGAGGUGGGAGAGAAGGGACAACAUGAGAGAUGGGAGAGAAGGGAGAACAUGAGAGGCGGGAGAGAAAGAAGAACAUGAGAGGCGGGAGAGAAGGGAGAACAUGAGAGGUGGGAGAGAAGGGAGAAUAUGAGAGGUGGGAGAGAAAGAAGAACAUGAGAGGCGGGAGAGAAGGGAGAACAUGAGAGGUGGGAGAGAAGGGACAACAUGAGAGAUGGGAGAGAAGGGAGAACAUGAGAGGCGGGAGAGAAAGAAGAACAUGAGAGGUGGGAGAGAAGGGAGAACAUGAGAGGUGGGAGAGAAGGGAUAAUAUGAGAGGUGGGAGAGAAAGGAGAACAUGAGAGGCGGGAGAGAAGGGAGAACAUGAGAGGCGGGAGAGAAAGGAGCGAGUGGAGGAAGGGAGGUGGCAAAAGGAGUUGAAGGAAGAAAUGUGGGGCGGAGGUAGGAAAGACAAAAGAAAUGUAGGGUGAAAGCGGAUGAAAAGAGACAUAAAACAUGAGUUUACUGGGUGGAUGGAACAGGGAGGGGCGCAAUGUGAGAGGGGGGGGGGGACUGAAGAUAGGUGGGCUGUGAUUUAGAGUGCUGUUAGAAUGGGAAAAGAGGUGUGGGAGAGGAAAGGGUUGACAGUCGAGACAGAUUUGAUAAAUCUGUUGUGAGUGUGCUCUUUGCCUUAACAUAAUACAACUUGUAUGUAAAUGACGUCAUGCCAGGGCGCCCCAGGGCGCUUCGUCAGAUCAUAUUUAUAGCAAUAAAUAUCCAGGUGUUAAUGUGCUUUAUUAAAUGUUUUCUUGUUCUUUGACGUCAUAUCAACCAAUGUUGACCUCAUCCAAUGUUGGCGUCAUCCAAAGUUGACGUCUAACAAAGUUGAGUUCACCCAAUUUUGAUCUCAGCCAAUGUUAACGUCCCCCAAUGUUAACGUCCUCCAAUGUUGAAGUCCCCCAUGUUAACGUCCUCCAAUGUUGACGUCCUCCAAUGUUAACGUCCCCCAAUGUUGACGUCCCCUCCCCAAUGUUAACGUCCUCCAAUGUUGACGUCCUCUAAUGUUAACGUCCUCCAAUGUUGACGUCCUCCAAUGUUAACGUCCUCCAAUGUUGAAGUCCUCCAAUGUUGAACUCCUCCAAUGUUGACGUCCUCCAAUGUUGACGUCCCCCAAUGUUAACGUCCUCCAACGUUGACGUCCCCCAAUGUUGCCGUCCUCCAAUGUUGACGUCCCCCAUGUUAACGUCCUCCAAUGUUGACGUCCCCCAAUGUUAACGUCCUCCAAUGUUGACGUCCUCCAAUGUUAACGUCCUCCAAUGUUGAAGUCCUCCAAUGUUGAACUCCUCCAAUGUUGACGUCCUCCAAUGUUGACGUCCCCCAAUGUUAACGUCCUCCAACGUUGACGUCCCCCAAUGUUGACGUCCUCCAAUGUUGACGUCCCCCAUGUUAACGUCCUCCAAUGUUGACGUCCCCCAAUGUUAACGUCCUCCAAUGUUGACGUCCUCCGAUGUUGACGUCCCCCAUUUUAACGUCCUCCAAUGUUUAAGUCCCUCAUGUUAACGUCCUCCCAUGUUGACGUCCUCCAAUGUUGACGUCCUCCAAGGUUGUCGUCCCCCAUGUUAACGUCCUCCAAUGUUGACGUCCUCCCAUGUUGAAGUCCUCCAAUGUUAACGUCCUCCAAUGUUGACGUCCUCCAAUGUUAACGUCCUCCAAGGUUGUCGUCCCCCAUGUUAACGUCCUCCAAUGUUGACGUCCUCCAAUGUUGACGUCCCCUAAUGUUGACGUCCUCGAAUGUUGACGUCCCCUCCCCAAUGUUAACGUCCUCCAAUGUUGACGUCCUCCAAUGUUGACGUCCUCCACUGUUGACGUCAUCCAAUGUUAACGUCCUCCAAUGUUAAUGUCCUCCAUUGUUAACGUGCCCCAAUGUUGACUCCCAUCCCCACUGUUAACGUCCCCCAAUGUUUCGUCCUCCCAUGUUGACGUCCUCCACUGUUGACGUCCCCUAAUGUUGACGUCCUCGAAUGUUGACGUCCCCUCCCCAAUGUUAACGUCCUCCAAUGUUGACGUCCUCCAAUGUUGACGUCCUCCAAUGUUGACGUCAUCCAAUGUUAACGUCCUCCAAUGUUAAUGUCCUCCAAUGUUAACGUGCCCCAAUGUUGACUCCCAUCCCCAAUGUUAACGUCCCCCAAUGUUGACGUCCCCCAAUGUUGACGUCCCCCAAUGUUGACGUCCCCCAAUGUUGACGUCACCAAAUGUUGACAUCUCCAAAUGUUGACGUCUUUCGACGUUGAAGUCCACAAAUGUUGACGUCCCCAAAUAUUAACGUCCUCCAACGUUGUCUAAUGUAUUAUAAGGCUGCUAUAUACUUUGGUAUUGACGGGUAUAUAUAUAUAUACCUCAAUACUGGCUGGCAUAUACCUUGGUAUUGACUGGUUCAUAUACUUUGAUACAGACUGACAUAUAAAGUCAUACUGGCUGGUGUAUAUAAUUUGGUAUAGGAUGGUAUAUAGAUCUUGUUAAAGCCUGGUAUACAUAACUUGGUAGAGGCUGUUAUGUAUACCUUGGUAAGGGCUGGUAUAUAUACCUCGGUAUAGGCUAGUAUAUAUACCUUGGUAGAGGCUGGUAUAUAUACUUUGGUAGAGGAUAGUAUACAUACCUUGGUAGAGGCUUAUAGUAUUCAAUUGCUACUUGCAGAUGUGUCGCACUGGAAUCAUUCAGAUGUAUUCGAGUCAAAUAUGACGUCAUAUCAGCUGUUGUGAAUCAGCAGAAACCGACAGUGUCAUUGAGAAGAAGUGGGACGUGGGGUGUACUGUGUCGGCUUGGGACGUUGAGGCAUAGUGUGUCGAUAUGGGACUUGGGGUCGUAGUGAGUCAAUAUGGGACUUGGGGCCGUAGUAUGUCGGCAUGAGACAUGGGGGGCCUUAAGUGUCUGCAUGGGAUUUGGGGACGUAGUGUGUCAAUAUGGGACAUGGGUGCGUAGUGUGUCGACAUGGGACGUGAGGGGCGUAGUGUGUCGACAUGGGACGUGAGGGGCGUAGUGUGUCGAUAUGGGACAUGAGGGCGUAGUGUGUCGAUAUGGGACAUGAGGGCGUAGUGUGUCGGCAUUGGACAUGGGGGUUGAAGUGUAUCUGCAUGGUAGUUGGGUUGUAGUGUGUUGACAUGGGACCUGGGGGGGGAGGGGGUAGGUGUGUGGUCGAUUUAAGAGCCUGGAUGUGCCCUACAGGCUGGCAUUAUGACUUCUACAACAAACUGACAUACUGAAAUCAUACGUUCUAUCACUGAGUAAAAUAAUGACAUAAUGACUUCUGCUACUGACAAGAAACUAUCAUUAUGACUUCUGCUACUGACUGACAUGACAUAAAGGCUACUGCUACUAACUGACAUGACGACUUCUGCCACUGACUGACAUGACUUUAUGACUUCUACUACUUACUGACAUGACAUUAUGACUUUUGCUAUUGACUGACAUAAUGGCAUUCCAGAAUGGUGGCUUUUUGUCAAGGAUUCUGCCCCUGUCUGUUCCCAAUCCAAAACUUCUUACUUACUUUUCCUUGUUAUGUACCUUUCUGUUCCGUGACCUAAACACGUGCCAUAAAUAUUAAGUUAAGGGUUACUAAGGUAACCACCGAAACAUCCGGUUCCAGAAGCCAUGUUUGGUAAACAUAAGACAUGACGGUAACUCCAGUUCAUGAUAAUUAAUUUUUAAAGUUUAAUUUUUUUUUUUUAUGACUUUUAAAAAUCUUGAAAAGUAAGUGUUUUUAUCGACGGUCUGAACCCCCUAAAGCCAGGUUUGCAAGCAGGUCGAUAUGAUCAGGAAGCUGAAUACAUGACCUGUGGCAGCGGAACUCACAUCUCCGUUUCCACAGUGCGCCUGUGUGGCUUUAGAGGCGCAGGUGUGGACGCCGGACGUUGUUAAGAGUGUUCUGUGGACCAAACGUGUCCACCAAAGUGACCAAAUUGAUCACAACACGGGUUCGAAAAGCGAUGAUUGUGUUUCUGCAGCUGAAGGCCUAUUGGCGUUUCACGCUGUCCAGCAUCAUCACAGAUAUAGGUCAAGAAAUUGUGCAGUUGUCGCUCAUUAAAACCCAACUUUUCCUGGUUCAGUUAACGCACGCAAAUUUCGGGCAGUGUACGGACAAGCGCACCGAACAUUCACGGAGAACACAAGUUUAUAAUUCAACUAUUUACAAAAAGAAUACUAUUUUAUGUAAUUUAACUUUACUUUUAUUUGUACAGCAGUUAACAUUGGCGUAGUCCUACGACUUAACAUUGGCGUAGUCCUAUGACUUAACAUUGGCGUAAUCUUACGACUUAACAUUGGUGUAGUCCUAUGACUUAACAUUGGCGUAGUCCUAGAGGCUGGCUAUGGGCUGGUAACCGGAUUUGAUGAAAAUUUUAAGGGACCUCUGAUUUUCAUCUGAGGACCUAUGGUAACCCCAGUGGCGUAGCUAGGGAGGUGUGGGGAUGUGGACCGCACCAGGUGACAUCAGCUCAGCGAUGACACCAAAUCGAUAUAUUGCAUAUUUACAGAGCACACACUGCACAGUCUAAGCAAAUUUAAUAAACGGUUAACCGUCACACUUACAUUUUCCACACAUGCAACCAAUCCUAAUGCGUGAUUUAUUAAAAGUUCAAGGUUAAUGCAUCAGACAUAAGGUUACCCUAUAAUUAGGUCAGAAAAACUCCUUUUCUGCCACCAUCUAACGCCACUUGAACUCUUCGGUAGCUUUCUUAAUCCAUCCCUGUGGCGCUACAUCCCAUAAAGGGCUUUGGCCUAUCUUACCACUUCCUUCCACUCAGACCUAACUAAUGCCUUUCUUUUCAAUGCUUGUACUUUCAGCUGCUGUAGAUCUUUUUCUACAUCAUCUAUCCACCUAAGCCCAGGUCUGCCUAUGAGCCUUUUUCCUCCGGGGUAUUGGUGAUGCACCCUCUUCGUUCCUCUGUCAAUUGGCUUUCUCUCUAGGUGUCCUGCCCAGCAUAGCCUGUCUCUUUUUAUUUCUGCUACCAUCGUGGGUUCCUGAUAUAGACUGUAUAAUUCAUGGUUGGUUCGUAUUCUCCAAUCCAUAUUCAUCCUUUGUUGGCCCAUAUAUUUUCCUGACAACUUUCUUCUCCCAUGUGUUUAAUGGGUUUUCUGCUGUUUUUGUUAGGGUCCAAGUUUCACUUGCAUAUGUUACAACUGGUCUGAUCACAGUUUUAUUAGUAGUCUUCUUUGUUUCUCUUGUAAUGUUUUUACUUUUGAGUAUUUUCUGACUACUGAAGUAUGCCUGUUUCCGGCUGAUAUUCUUUCUUUUAUUUCUGUUAGUAAUUCGUUUCUUUCAUUUAACAAAGAUCCUAGAUAUUUGAAUUGAUUUACUUUUUUCAAAAGUCUGGUUUCUAAUUUUAAUUGCUUCAUCUGUUUGUUCUUCUCUUAUCAUCGUCAUGUAUUUUGUUUUUUGGUUGUUAACUUCCAACACUGCUUGUAGAGUUGCGUCUUCUAAUUCAAUAAAGGAUUUAUUUUUCGUAAGCUAUGUUGAUCUAAUUUCUGAGAAACAAUGAUUUUUAUUCAUACCAAAUAAGAUGUGGUCGAGCGAUUCUAAGUACAUGAAUCGAAUCGGUAAAAAUUUGAAGCAUUUUUAAAAAUGACUUUUUACCUGGUAAAAUAACAGUUUACAAAAUUUAUAUAUAUAUAUAUAUAUAUAUAUAUAUAUAUAUAUAUAUGUGUGUGUGUAUAUAUAUAUAUAUAAGAAUGAGCUAUACUGAUAUAACUCAAAAGAGCAGAAAAGAUAUAAUUUAAGUACGUUCGUAUUCCUAAAAAACAAUUAUAUUUAUUUUUAAAAUAUAUAUAUAUAUAUAUAUAUAUAUAUAUAUAUAUAUAUAUAUAUAUGUGUGUGUGUAUAUAUAUAUAUAUAAGAAUGAGCUAUACUGAUAUAACUCAAAAGAGCAGAAAAGAUUUAAUUUAAGUACGUUCGUAUUCCUAAAAAACAAUUAUAGUUAUUUUCUAAUAUUUUACGGAAAUCGAAUAAAUCUAAAUGCGCAAAAAAUAUUUUAAAUCCACUUUUAUUUUAGAAAACGUUUUAGCAAUAUUAAUAUAAAUUACCAAUACAAUAAAAGUAUAACUAAUGAACUAUUUUAAGCAUUUUAUAUGUGUUUAUGAAAAACUAAAAUAACUUAAAAAAUCAUGAUCAAAGAAUUACACCGUAAUCACAUUUAUCGGGAAAACCCAAACAUCAGUCGUUUUUAGUGCGUCUUUUAGUGCGCUAUUAACAUUGCGAAAUAAAUGUUUAAAUUAAUUUGUUCUAAAUAAUCAAGCAAAUGACGUCAUAGUGCAAAUAGCGUAUUUCUCCAAAAUUCUUAGAUUUCUUUAAAUUUAAUAACCGCGAGUUACAAAAAUGAUAAUGUAUUUUCUCUUCUUAAAAGUAAAAUUAAUAAAUAUAAUUGAUUUCUUUCUAAACUGUUAGUAAAACACACACACAUUUCUGCUGUGUAUAUUAACAUUAAAAAGUUUUGCCUUUCUUUAUUCCAAAAAUAUACAUUUAUUAAAAUUAUAACUUAAUAAAAACUAACCUUUAAAUAUAAUUCUAAUAAGAAAAUGCAGUUUAAGUCCAACAGUGCAGCGCAGCUCCAUAGCCAAAUAGCAUUGACUAAUCAACUUAUAACUAAAACAAAUAAGAACGAACCAUAUGAAGUGUAAAUUAUUUUAGCUUGGGUAUGGAAGGGACUACAAUCCGGUGGAAGAUUUUCUAAAUUUAUUUAAAUCUGGGUGGGGGAGGGAUUGGUUACUUUGCCCCAGGCAACACAAGACACGUCUCAAAAUAAAGGAAUGAAUUUGAUAAAUAAAUAGCCUCCUUGAGUGCAUACAUUUCGGAGGAAGAAAAUAGGAUGUGUACAUUUUUACGUGGAUGACAACAUAGUUAACUCCUAUGGUAUUACAUAUGUGAAAAAACAGAUGUUCAUCUCUCUCUCUUCUUACAAAUAUACGUAUGUUAACCAAUGAAGAAGAUCAACGACGUUAACAAAUCUUGGGUAAAUUUAUAUAAUUACACCCAUGAAUAUCAAAACCCAAUCAUUUUACACACUUGAAAAUUUUAUUUUGAAAAAUAGAGAUGGGUUAAUAUUUGCUUUCAAAAAAUUAAAAUAUAUUUGUGUUUUAACUUUACAAAAAGCAAAGAGAUUUGUAUUUUAUGAGAUUAACCAUUUCAAUGUUUAAAACAACAACAACACUCGCAUCUGUUCUAGACGUGAAAAACGGUUGCGAGAUUCUUCUUUAGAUCAAAGAAUUGGUUGUAAUACGAUUUUCUCAUAAUAUAUAAUUUUUUUUAACAAGCAAAAAUGUGUUUACUUUUUUGCUGAAGAUAUCAAUAUAUAUCUAAUUCGUAUAAUAUAAAAUAUUUUUAUAUCAUAUAUAGAGUUUUUGGUGUAAAUUUAAGGCAAUUGUUUAAAACUAUUUUUAUAGAAAAAAAGUUGUAAUUCAAGGGCACGAAAAGGGUUAAAUCUAAAGUAUUUCUCUUACGUAGUAAUUGUCCCUCAAUUAACUUCUUUAGUGACAAAAGUGAAAUAAUUAGUGAUAAUUUAGACUGUUUAAUUUAAGUUCAUGUUUAGAGGGUGGGGGGAGUAGUUUAGGAGCUUAAAGGGAGUAGGGUAGGCCUAUAAUAUAUAGCAGAUAAAUACUUCUCAAAACUUAAUGAUGUUAGAAACGUAAAUAUCAUUACAUUUUUAAAGUUAUGAAUUGGGAUGAGUCUUUGCAAUUGCAGUUAGAAAGUAUCGCAAAGGAUCUACCAUUAUUAUCCCGAUAACAUCGGGUCAUUUAUUCUAGUGUUUAAAUAAUUAAUUUACUUUUAUUUAAUUCUUUUUUCAAAAUUUCUUGAAACCAUUUAAAUCAAAACCCAGAAAUCUUGUAGAGUACCGUGAACGUCUCGUCUCUACUUUAGUUCUCUAUCCGUUGUUCGAAUCCUGUAGAGUACCGUGACCGUCUCGUCUCUACUUUAGUUCUCUAUCCGUUGUUCGAAUCCUGUAGAGUACCGUGACCGUCUAUGUCCUACUUUAGUUCUCUAUCCGUUGUUCGAAUCCUGUAGAGUACCGUGACCGUCUAUGUCCUACUUUGGUUCUCUAUCCGUUGUUUGGAUGGUAACACCUGCUUCAAAUGCCACUCAUAUUUCACCAAUCAGACAACUCAACGCUGGUUAUAGUCUUUGCUUAUUUAUCGAUCUGCUACUUCGAUUUGGCUUUCUCUCAUCUCGCACUCAACUCUGACUGUCUUCGGUUCGUCUCUCUGUCCUCUGUGUCCAAACGACUGUCCUCUACUCCUAUCCAUCGGAGCUCUCCCUGACUGUCCGCUUUCCUGUCCGGCCGAGUCCUGUCCAACGGGUCCCUUUUUAUAAGUCCCGGGUUCCUAGAGAUUCCUUCCCAGGGCUUUAAUCGUAUUCCUACAUCUCAGGCACUUAAAUUCUAUCUCCGUCUCAAUGGGCGUAAACCAGCACCGUAGCAGUCACCCCGGUGCAAUCUGAUACGCUAGAGCGAUUUGGUCAGUUGGUCGGUUACCAUGCUGUGGGAUCUGAUACGUUAGAACCAUUGGUCAGUUGGUCAGUUACCGUGCUGUGGGAUCUGAUACGCUAGAACGAUUUGGUCAGUUGGUCGGUUACCGUGCUGUGGGAUCUGAUACGUUAGAACCAUUGGUCAGUUGGUCAGUUACCGUGCUGUGGGAUCUGAUACGCUAGAACGAUUUGGUCAGUUGGUCGGUUACCGUGCUGUGGGAUCUGAUACGCUAGAGCGAUUUGGUCAGUUGGUCGGUUACCAUGCCUUGGGAUUCCCCUCCCCCCCCCCCAACCCCUGUACCUCCCAGGUCUGAACACUCCACAAUACUCAAAAAUAAAUAUUUUCUCGCCGAUUCGUCACUGGUUCCGCCCCUUAAUAUUUGAGCAUGAUUGUCUUACACCACAGAGUCUUUUACAUGCUGUCUGUAAUUUCACGUUUAUCUGCUACCUUCACCUUCGAGCUGAUCUACUUGAGGAAGUUAAUCUUACACAGCAGUAUCUGUAGACUAAAGAAUUUACCCUUGACAAAGCGGUGACCAACCUAGUGGCCUUAACACUGUUUCUACACCAGAAGCGCUGUCACUUGAUGGGACAUGCUAUUGAAAAGGUACCUUUAAAAUCAGACCAGUAAUGAAUUUCGGUAAAGAGAAGAUUAAGGUUUAAGAAGAGAAUGUCAGAACUAUCUACGGUCCCUAACGGGACAGCCAAAGUCCAAAGCUUCCUUCUCUGGCUCUGCUAUCAAUGAAAAGUGAUACGGUGGGUGUUAUUGAUCAAGGGAUUGACAGGUUUGCAGCUUUGAAGGCCUGGGAGGGAAAAUUUAAAUAAAAUAAAGUUAAUGUAAAAAUAACUAUAACUUAACAUUGUUAGAGAUUCUUAAAUACAGUGACCUUUUGACCUUCAAUUAAUUUGUUUUUGUUCUUGUCAUUGUUAUACCGGGGACUGACUUAUUUUAACAAGAAGAAAUCCAUCGGGGACGUGGGGUGGAGCGGGGUGGAGUGGGGUGGAGCGGGGUUGAGUGUACCGCACCGGGUGUCACCAACAUUAGCUACGCCACUGGGUCACCCUAGUUACAUAAUGACAUGACGUCUGGCACUGACAGACAUGAUGCCUUCUGCUACUGUAUUCGUUGUGCACGGUGGUUCUCGUUAAUUGGGGGCGGCAAUAUCAGGGAGCGCCCCAGGCUUCAAAAACUCCAGCUCCUCCACUGCAUGAUACUCUUAGCUCAUCCACUGUAUGUUGCUCUUAGCUCUUCCACUGCAUGGUACUAUUAGCUCCUACACUGCAUGGUAAUCUUAGCUCCUCCACUCCAUGGUACUCUAAGCUCCUCCACUGCAUGUUACUCUUAGCUCCUCCACUGCAUGUUGCUCUUAGCUCCUCCACUGCAUGGUACUCUUAGCUCCUCCACUGCAUGGUGCUCUUAGCUCCUCCACUGCAUGGUACUCUUAGCUCCUACACUGCAUGGUAAUCUUAGCUCCUCCACUCCAUGGUGCUCUUAGCUCCUCCACUGCAAAGUACUCUUAGCUCCUCCACUGCAAGGUGCUCUUAGCUCCUCCACUGCAUGGUAAUCUUAGCUCCUCCACUCCAUGGUACUCUAAGCUCCUCCACUGCAUGGUACUCUUAGCUCCUCAACUGUAUGGUACUCUUAGCUCCUCCACUGCAUGGUGCUCUUAGAUCAUCCACUACAUUGGACACUUAGCUCCUCCACUGCAUGGUACUCUUAGCUCCUCCACUGCAUGGUACUCUUAGCUCCUCCACUGCAUGGUACUCUUAGCUCCUCCACUGCAUGGUACUCUUAGAUCAAUUACUUGACCUUUGAUAUUUAAAAGAAACUUUGUUUUUCAAACUUGAUGUUCGGAAGCUAACAGAUUUUUUAUUUUCUGAAAUACCCGAGAAAUAGUUUUGCCAGACAAUAAGAUGGGAAGCAAUUAAGUUUAAAUCUGAGACAGGAAGUAACCCAAGGAUGUCACCGGCGCCGUGGAGAUGGACAGAACUCGAGCAACCUCUUCUGCCAUUCUUCAAUCUAUCCUAGCUACAUCCGGGUUUCUACUCGAUCUUUUUCAUCAUAAUAAUAUUGGCUUACAGAUGAGUUUCAUUUUUAAAAAUUUAAUUUGGAUAUUUCAAUCGUAAUUUCUUUUUAAAAGGUUAUUGCUGCUUCUCCGGGAAAAUUCGAUUUCUUGUUAAAGUGUGUGUGUGUGUGUUUGUGUGUGUGUGUGAGUGAGUGUGGGGAUGGGGCGAGGGUUUACCCUGACAGUGUAAGAGUAUUGAAAUAUGGCGUCACUGUUUUGAAGAGUAGAGUCACAGCAAAACAAUGGCGUAGAAUCAAAUAUUGAAUGCGUGACGUCAUUGCUAAUGAGACGAACACGCAUAGUGACUUGAUCUAGCCAAAACACGUGUGUACUGGAUUCUGCAGAUACAGGUGCUGUAUGUGUGUACUAAAAUAAAUGUAUUUCUGUAGGUACUGCACAUACAAGGUACUGCACAUACAAGGUACUGCACAAACAAGGUACUGCACAUACAAGGCAUUUCUGUAGGGGACGCAUACGCUUCCUUUCUGUAGCUACCUCAAAAUCAAGUCAUUCUUGUGGCUACCACACAAUCAAGUCAUUCCUGUUGCUACCUCACAAACAAGUCAUUAUUGAAGCUACCUCAUAAUCAAGUCACUCCAGUGGCUACCACACAAACAAGUCAAUCAUGUGGCUACCUCACAAACAAGUCAUUCCUGUGGCAACCUCACAAACAAGUCAUUAUUGAAGCAACCUCAUAAUCAAGUCAUUCCAGUGGCUACCACACAAUGAAGUCAUUCCUGUGACUACCUCACAAACAAGUCAUUCCUGUGGCUACCUCACAAACAAGUCAUUCCUGUGUCUACCUCACAAACAAGUCAUUCCUGUGGCUACCUCACAAACAAGUCAUUCCUGUGGCUACCUCACGAUCAAGUCAUUCCUAUAGCUACCUCACAAACAAGUCAUUCCUGUGGCUACCUCACAUAAGUCAUUCCUGUGGCUACCUCACGAUCAAGUCAUUCCUGUGGCUACCUGACAAACAAGUCAUUCCUGUAGCUACCUCACAAACAAGUCAUUCCUGUAGCUACCUCACAAACAAGUCAUUCCUGUAGCUACCUCAAAAACAAGUCAUUCUUGUAGCUACACACGAUCAAGUCAUUCCUGUGGCUACCUCUGAAACAAGUAAUUUCUGUAGCUACCUCCCGAUCAAGUCAUUCCUGUGGCUACCUCACAGAGAAGUCAUUUCUGUAGCUACCUCAUGAUCAAGUCAUUAAUUUGUCUCUUCAUUCAAACUAAGCUUGUGUGUGUUCCCAUAUUAAAAGGGAAACCAUUACAUCUCCUUGACAUGGAUUAUGCUCCACUAAUCCGCUUAGCAGGAUUACGUUCACCAUUGUCUCAGCUCUCAACUCACUAUGCACCUCAAGCCCUGGUUCCCAACCCAUUGUCUGCCACCCCUACGGCGAUCGUUGGGGAUUCUCUGUGGGUCACCGAUUGAAGCAAUCCACUGAAAAAAUGAAUUCUGUAUAUUCAUUGAAAUUUUCAUUCGGUGUCUUUAUAAAGUUUGAACACUUAAAAAAAAAAAACAAUUGUAUUUGUUAAUGUGCUUUUGACUGUGGGAGGGGGGGGGGAGUCAAUGGCGAUUGUGUUAGUGGUUGUGUUGUCAUUAUACAACAAGAAGACUUUUGUGGUCCACUGUCAUUGGGUGAUGAGAUGAGACGGCUUGUAACAUAGUCCUGACUUAGAGGCUGUUAUUGUUGUACCCAUCAUAGACAUGGGUGUUGUUGUACCUCAUCAUAGUGAUAGAUGUUGUACCUAAUCAUAGAGAUGGGUGUUGUUGUAUCUCACCUAAGCGAUGGGUGAUUUGUACCUAAUCAUAGAGAUGGGUGUGUUUGUACCUAAUCAUAGAGAUGGGUGUUGUUGUAUCUCACCUAAGCGAUGGGUGAUUUGUACCUAAUCAUAGAGAUGGGUGUGUUUGUACCUAAUCAUAGAGAUGGGUGUGUUUGUACCUAAUCAUAGAGAUGGGUGUGUUUGUACCUCAUCAUUGAGAUGGGUGUGUUUGUACCUAAUGAUAGAGAUGGGUGUGUUUGUACCUAAUCAUAGAGAUGGGUGUGUUUGUACCUAAUCAUAGAGAUGGGUGUGUUUGUACCUAAUCAUAGAGAUGGGUGUGUUUGUACCUAAUCAUAGAGAUGGGUGUGUUUGUACCUAAUCAUAGAGAUGGGUGUGUUUGUACCUAAUCAUAGAGAUGGGUGUGUUUGUACCUAAUCAUAGAGAUGGGUGUGUUUGUACCUAAUCAUAGAGAUGGGUGUGUUUGUACCUCAUCAUAGAGAUGGGUGUGUUUGUACAUCAUCAUAGAGAUGGUUGUUGUUGUACAUCAUCAUAGAGAUGGAUGUUGUUGUACAUCAUCAUAGAGAUGGGUGUUGUUGUACAUCAUCAUAGAGAUGGAUGUUGUUGUACAUCAUCAUAGAGAUGGGUGUUGUUGUACAUCAUCAUAGAGAUGGAUGUUGAUGUACAUCAUCAUAGAGAUGGGUGUUGUUGUACAUCAUCAUAGAGAUGGAUGUUGUUGUACAUUAUCAUAGAGAUGGAUGUUGUUGUACAUCAUCAUAGAGAUGGGUGUUGUUGUACAUCAUCAUAGAGAUGGGUGUUGUUGUACAUCAUCAUAGAGAUGGGUGUUGUUGUACAUCAUCAUAGAGAUGGAUGUUGUUGUACAUCAUCAUAGAGAUGGGUGUUGUUGUACAUCAUCAUAGAGAUGGGUGUUGUUGUACAUCAUCAUAGAGAUGGAUGUUGAUGUACAUCAUCAUAGAGAUGGGUGUUGUUGUACAUCAUCAUAGAGAUGGAUGUUGUUGUACAUUAUCAUAGAGAUGGAUGUUGUUGUACAUCAUCAUAGAGUUGGGUGUUGUUGUACAUCAUCAUAGAGAUGGAUGUUGUUGUACAUCAUCAUAGAGAUGGGUGUUGUUGUACAUCAUCAUAGAGAUGGGUGUUGUUGUACAUCAUCAUAGAGAUGGGUGUUGUUGUACAUCAUCAUAGAGAUGGGUGUUGUUGUACAUCAUCAUAGAGAUGGGUGUUCAGGAAUUUCAUUGAGUAGGCGUCUGCUAUGGCUUAUCCGCUAAUAUAUUUCAUUUAGUUGGGCUCCUGUUAUAGCUACCCUGCCAUGGCUACCCUGCUCUGACUACCCUGCCAUGGCUACCCUCCUCUGACUACCCUGCCAUGGCUACCCUUCUCUGACUACCCUGCCAUGGCUACCCUGCUCUGACUACCCUUCCAUGGCUACCCUGCUCUGACUGCCAUGGCUACCCUGCUCUGACUACCUUGCCAUGGCUACCCUUCUCUGACUACCCUGCAAUGGCUACCCUUCUCUGACUACCCUCCAUGGCUACCCUGCUCUGACUGCCCUGCUCUGACUACCUUGCCAUGGCUACCCUGCUCUGACUACCCUGCCAUGGCUACCCUGCUCUGACUACCCUGCCAUGGCUACCCUGCUCUGACUACCCUGCCAUGGCUACCCUGCUCUGACUACCCUGCCAUGGCUACCCUGCUCUGACUAUCCUGCCACGGCUACCCUGCCACGGCUACCCGCUAAGAUGCUUUAUUAAGUGUUAUAUUUUUCCCCAUUCCCCCUCCCCUUGUUAGCUUCUUCUAUGACGUAAUAUACAAAUAUUGCUUUUUAAAAAUGGCGAUUUGAACGGACCGUCAGGUGUCCCGACAUUCGGUGUGACCUUUUUUUUUUCGUUUAAUGAAACGUCUGCCUGGCUGUCGUCCAUCACACCAUCACCCAAGUGUGCACACGCCAGCUUAUCUCGCUCAUUGGCGGAAGUUGUUGUCAUUAGAGCACAUCACAUACUAAUGAAACACUCCCCCCAUUAGAGCACAUCACAUACUAAUGAAACCAUCCCACGUCAGGCUUUCUUAAUAGUCGUUUUAGUAGGCGACGAGUGGAUCUACAACAGUCUGUGAAUGAAACGGUCGCCCAAAGAAUAGCAGGGCACUUGACUGACUGUCAAACAGGACGUCAUGGUUGAGCAGGGCAGUGACCGAAAGCAGACGACUCUUGUGGUCUAAGCGGACAGUCGUGUCCUCCAGUCGCCUGACCGACCGUCUUGACUUUCUAUGUCAAAGGUUACGGGACGCCUGUGAACGCGCAUCUGUGACAUCAAUCAAUAUCUGUUAUUGCAUUAUUAGCCUGGCCUCUGAUUGAAUAAAUGACCACGCAUAGCCAAUUCUGUACCUGGAAGCCAUUGGAAAAUAACUUGUAUACCUGGAGUCCGAUAGAAAAUAAUAGUUUAUAGUUUUAACAUAAGAUAAAUUUUGUUGUAAGGUUCAUUGCUCUCAUUGUGUCGCAUAUUUCAAAUCACUUGACUAUCUUUUGAAUUUCUUAUUCAUAUAACAUGCUUGUGUUGUGUUGUGUUUUUGUUGUGUUGAGUUGCGUUGUGUUGUGUUGUGUUUUUAUUGUUUGUAAGGUUGGUUGCUUGUUUUAUAGUAUCAUUUCAACCAAUGAGUUGCAGGAAAUUGGAUUUGGUUGGACGAAUAAAAAAAUCUGGUCAUUGGGAGAAGUUGAUUUAUUAAUUUCUUAAGAAAGGCAUUUUUAGGGGAAAAAUGCAAUGAGCAAGGGGGAAAAAAGGGAUUGCCCUGGGAUAAAACUGAGGUAGAUAAAAAGAGACACUGUUAAUAACUUGAGUAGACUUUGUCAGGUUGAAAAGUUGAAUAAUUCAGUUAAACAAAGGUUAAAGAACCUUUUAAGUGAGAUUUCAAUAUCGAAUGUAAAAUGUAGAUUGUAGAAUGUAGACUAUGGCGUGUAGAAUGUAGAAUGUUGACUUUAGAAUGAAGACUGUAUAAUGCAGAAUGUAGAAUGUUCACUGUACUUAUACUGUAGAAUGUAGAUUUUAGAACCUAGACUGCAGAAUCAAGUUUAUAUAAUGUAGAAUUCAUACUAUAUAAUGUAGAAUUAACAAUGUAGACUGUAGAAUGUAGAUUGUAGAAUGUAGACUGUAGAAUGUAGAUUAUAAAAUUAUUCUAUAGUCUGUAAAAUGUAGACUGUAGAAUUAGACUGUAGUCUGUAGAAUGUAGACUGUAGAAUAAAAACUUAAGAAUGUAGACUGUAGAAUGUAGACUGUAGAAUGUAGACUGUAGAAUUUAGACUGUAGAAAUUAGACUAUAGAAUAAGACUGUAGUCUGUAGACUUUACAAUUUAGUCUGUAGAAUGUAGACUGUUGAUUUAGACUGUAGUGUGUAGACUGUAGUCUGUAGAAUGUAGUCUGUAGAAUGUAGUCUGUAGAAUGUAGACUGUAAAAUAUAGACUGGAAAAUGUACACUUCAGAAUGUAGACUAUGGAAUGUAGACUGUAAAAUGUAGACUAUAGAAUCAAAAUGUAGUCUGUAGAAUGUAGAUUGUAGAAUGUAAAUUGUAGAAUGUUAGACUGUAGAAUGUAGACUGUAGAAUGUAGACUGUAGAAUGUAGACUAAAGAAUGUAGACUGUAGAAUGUAAACUGUAGAAUGUAGAAUUAUUCUGUAGUCUGUAGAAUGUUGACUGUAGAAUAUAAACUAGAGAAUGUAGACUUUAGAAUGUAGAAUAUAGACUGAUGAAUGCAAAUUGUAGAAUCAGACUGUAAACUAAAUGGAAAAUUUUAAGUUGGUAAAGAAAUGUUUUGAGAAAUUUUAGCCCAGAUUACCGACAAAAGGUUAGUUGCCCCGAUGGGGCGAUACCCAUUAUUUGAUAAUUAUGAGAGACCCCCGCUCCACCCGGGGUUGUCCAAGUAAUAUUUCACAAUUAUCAUAACUUCAAUAAGACCCAACCCUUUUGUCGUGACAUAUCUUUUACCUGGUUUCUUGUCAUAUCUUUUAUCUGGUUUCUUGUCAUAUCUUUUACCUGGUUUCUUGUCAUAUCUUUUACCUGGUUUCUUGUCAUAUCUUUUACCUGGUUUCUUGUCAUAUCUUUUACCUGGUUUCUUGUCAUAUCUUUUACCUGGUUUCUUGUCAUAUCUUUUACCUGGUUUCUUGUCAUAUCUUUUACCUGGUUUCUUGUCAUAUCUUUUACCUGGUUUCUUGUCAUAUCUUUUACCUGGUUUCUUGUCAUAUCUUUUACCUGGUUUCUUGUCAUAUCUUUUACCUGGUUUCUUGUCAUAUCUUUUACCUGGUUUCUUGUCAUAUCUUUUACCUGGUUUCUUGUCAUAUCUUUUACCUGGUUUCUUGUCAUAUCUUUUACCUGGUUUCUUGUCAUAUCUUUUACCUGGUUUCUUGUCAUAUCUUUUACCUGGUUUCUUGUCAUAUCUUUUACCUGGUUUCUUGUCAUAUCUUUUACCUGGUUUCUUGUCAUAUCUUUUACCUGGUUUCUUGUCAUAUCUUUUACCUGGUUUCUUGUCAUAUCUUUUACCUGGUUUCUUGUCAUAUCUUUUACCUGGUUUCUUGUCAUAUCUUUUACCUGGUUUCUUGUCAUAUCUUUUACCUGGUUUCUUGUCAUAUCUUUUACCUGGUUUCUUGUCAUAUCUUUUACCUGGUUUCUUGUCAUAUCUUUUACCUGGUUUCUUGUCAUAUCUUUUACCUGGUUUCUUGUCAUAUCUUUUACCUGGUUUCUUGUCAUAUCUUUUACCUGGUUUCUUGUCAUAUCUUUUACCUGGUUUCUUGUCAUAUCUUUUACCUGGUUUCUUGUCAUAUCUUUUACCUGGUUUCUUGUCAUAUCUUUUACCUGGUUUCUUGUCAUAUCUUUUACCUGGUUUCUUGUCAUAUCUUUUACCUGGUUUCUUGUCAUAUCUUUUACCUGGUUUCUUGUCAUAUCUUUUACCUGGUUUCUUGUCAUAUCUUUUACCUGGUUUCUUGUCAUAUCUUUUACCUGGUUUCUUGUCAUAUCUUUUAACUGGUUUCUUGUCAUAUGUUUUACCUGGUUUCUUGUCAUACCUAAUAAUUGGCUUUCUUGUGAUUGAAAUAUAUAGCCGUAAAAUCUAAUGAUUUUAAAUUAUUGUUUUUUAGAACUGUUGUAGUGUUAACUUUAUUUAAAUCAUUUCUUGAAUGUCGUGUUGUUUUAAAUACAUUCAAUCAAGGAAAUUCCACAAGAGUUACAUUAAAAGUACAGUACGUUCCAUCGUAUAAUGUUACGUACGGUAUGUCCGUGUUUAUAGUGUUAAGUAUGGCAUGUUCCAUAUUAUAAUGUUCAGAACAGUAUGUGCCAUCGUAUAAGGUUAAGUAGGGUAUGCUACAUUUUAUAAUGUUAAGUGUGGUAUGUUUCUGCGCCCCCAAACAAUGGAAUUUUUUGCCACUACACAUCCGCAAUAUACCAACCACCCAGGCCUUCAAAACUGCACUAAAAACAUAUCUCUUUAAACUCUACUACCCUGACUGAUUCCCCUCCUCUGACCGAUAAAUGAUCUUGUUGGCUGCCGUCCAUGUGUUGCCUUGUAAAAGUUAUUUGAUGGGGUGGGUGAAUAUACAUUGCUGUUCUUUAUUUCAUAAAUGUAUUUUAUUUUAAUGUCUCUUUUGAUAAUAUUUUUAUCUACAGCGCGGUGAGCCCAGCCCUAGGCUGGGAUACCGCGCUAUAAAAGACCACUAAUUAUUAUUAUGUCCCAUCACAUUAUGUUAAGUAUGGUAUGUUCUAUUUUAUAAUGUUAAGUACGGUAUGUUCUAUUUUAUAAUGUUAAGUACGGUAUGUUCUAUUUUAUAAUGUUAAGUACGGUAUGUUCCAUUGUAUAAUGUUAAGUACGGUAUGUUCUAUUUUAUAAUUUUAAGUACGGUAUGUUCCAUUGUAUAAUGUUAAGUACGGUAUGUUCUAUUUUAUAAUGUUAAGUACGGUAUGUUCUAUUUUAAAAUGUUAAGUACGGUAUGUUCUAUUUUAUAAUGUUAAGUACGGUAUGUUCUAUUUUAAAAUGUUAAGUAUGGUAUGUUCUAUUUUAUAAUGUUAAGUACGGUAUGUUCUAUUUUAUAAUGUUAAGUACGGUAUGUUCCAUUGUAUAAUGUUGAGUACGGUAUGUUCCAUUGUAUAAUGGUGAGUAUGGUAUGCUCCAUUGUAUAAUGUUAAGUACGGUAUGUUCCAUUGUAUAAUGUUGAGUACGGUAUGUUCCAUUGUAUAAUGUUCAGUAUGGUAUGUUCUAUUGUAUAAUGUUGAGUACAGUAUGUUCUAUUGUAUAAUGUUGAGUACGGUAUGUUCCAUUGUAUAAUGUUGAGUACGGUAUGUUCCAUUGUAUAAUGUUGAGUACGGUAUGUUCUAUUGUAUAAUGUUGAGUACGGUAUGUUCCAUUUUAUAAUGUUGAGUAAGGUAUGUUCUGUUGUAUAAUGUUAAGUACGGUAUGAUCCAUUGUAUAAUGGUGAGUACGGUAUGUUCUAUUGUAUAAUGUUAAGUACGGUAUGUUCCAUUGUAUAAUGUUGAGUACGGUAUGUUCCAUUGUAUAAUGUUAAGUACGGUAUGUUCCAUUGUAUAAUGUUGAGUACGGUAUGUUCUAUUGUAUAAUGUUGAGUACGGUAUGUUCUAUUGUAUAAUGUUAAGUACGGUAUGUUCCAUUUUAUAAUGUUGAGUAUGGUAUGUUCUAUUGUAUAAUGUUAAGUACGGUAUGUUCCAUUGUAUAAUGUUAAGUACGGUAUUUUCUAUUGUAUAAUGUUAAGUACGGUAUGUUCCAUUGUAUAAUGUUGAGUACGGUAUGUUCCAUUGUAUAAUGUUAAGUAUAGUAUGUUCCAUUGUAUAAUGUUAAGUACGGUAUGUUCCAUUGUAUAAUGUUGAGUACGGUAUGUUCUAUUGUAUAAUGUUGAGUACGGUAUGUUCUAUUGUACAAUGUUAAGUACGGUAUGUUCCAUUUUAUAAUGUUGAGUACGGUAUGUUCCAUUGUAUAAUGUUGAGUACGGUAUGUUCUAUUGUAUAAUGUUAAGUAGGUAUGUUCCAUUGUAUAAUGUUGAGUACGGUAUGUUCCAUUGUAUAAUGUUCAGUACGGUAUGUUCCAUUUUAUAAUGUUGAGUACGGUAUGUUCUAUUGUAUAAUGUUGAGUACGGUAUGUUCUAUUUUAUAAUGUUGAGUACGGUAUGUUCUAUUGUAUAAUGUUGACUACGGUAUGUUCUAUUGUAUAAUGUUAAGUACGGUAUGUUCUAUUGUAUAAUGUUGAGUACGGUAUGUUCUAUUGUAUAAUGUUAAGUACGGUAUGUUCCAUUGCAUAAUGUUGAGUACGGUAUGUUCUAUUGUAUAAUGUUGAGUACGGUAUGUUCUAUUGUAUAAUGUUGAGUACGGUAUGUUCUAUUGUAUAAUGUUGAGUACGGUAUGUUCUAUUGCAUAAUGUUGAGUACGGUAUGUCUCACGAUGUAGUAGCCAAGCAAUACGAAUGUUACAUAAAUGGGGCUGUUACACCACGUGAUACCUCUUCCUUGCAGGUGCCUUCCUGUUACCGUACCUCAUCAUGCUGUUUGUGGAGGGCAUGCCUCUCCUGUACCUUGAACUGGCCAUUGGCCAGCGCCUGCGCAUGGGGUGUGUCGGGGUCUGGAAUGAGGUCCACCCAUUAAUCGGCGGUCUGGGGCUGGCCUCUGUGGUUACAUCUUUCCUCAUCGCCAUCUACUACAACGCUAUCAUAAUGUGGUGUUUCUUUUACCUGUUCCACUCCUUCCAGGUAAGUUGAUCAUUAACCUAUUCCACUCCUUCCAGGUAAGUUGAUCUUUAACCUAUUCCACUCCUUCCAGGUAAGUUGAUCUUUAACCUAUUCCACUCCUUCCAGGUAAGUUGAUCUUUAACCUAUUCCACUCCUUCCAGGUAAGUUGAUCUUUAACUUAUUCCACUCCUUCCAGGUAAGUUGAUCUUUAACCUAUUCCACUCCUUCCAGGUAAGUUGAUCUUUAACCUAUUCCAUUCCUUCCAGGUAAGUUGAUCUUUAACAUAUUCCACUCCUUCCAGGAAGUGGGUCUUUAACCUAUUCCACUCCUUCCAGGUAAGUUGAUCUUUAACCUAUUCCACUCCUUCCAGGUAAGUUGAUCUUUUACCUGUUCCACCCCUUUAUGUAAUUUUGAGGAUAACAAUAUCCUUUUAUGAAAUAAUUUAUGGUAAACAUUUCGUUAAUAUACAUUUUAAGUUCGAAAGAGAGCGAGAGAAAAAGAGGAUGAGAGAGGGGGGGGGAGAAAGAGGGAGAGAAAGAGAGAGAGAAAGAUUAGAAAGAACGAGAGAGAAAGAGUAAAAGAAAGAGGGGGAAAGAGCCAGAGAAAGAGAAAUAGUGAGAAAGAACGAGUGAAAGAGAGAAAAGGGAGAGAAAGUGGGAGAGAGAGAAAGAGGUAAAUUUUUAAUUUCUAUAAAAUACUUUUAAAAACCCUAAUUAAUUUGAUAGAGGACAAUGUUCUCUUUUUAAAAACACAAUCAUAAUUUUUUUUUUUCGAAAAUACAGGUGGCCGGGGGGGGUCUCUCUCUCUUUGACCAUACACACUGGCAUGGCGGUCAAAUGUUUGUCUGGCCAAAAUAACAUUCACCCUGUUUGAAUGUGGAGAAAAAAGGGGGAAGAGGGGGCGAGGGGAAUGACUAGGUUAAGAUUUUCUGGAAAAAAAUAAGAUUAAGAAGAUAUUCUUUUUCCACUUUGUGCAAAAUUCAGCCAUGGAAGAAAAAAGAGAUGGACUGCGAUACAGCUUUAUAAUUAGAUUAAAUGAGACACAAUUGUUGUGUAAAUAACCCACUAUUAGGUUAAGCUUUAAAUACGAUUCAAGAGAAUAGAAAUGCAAACAUUUUGGAAAAUGUCUCUCAAUCCCUAAAACAAAAAGAAUCCUAUUAAUUAAAUUGACAUUAAAUAUAAAUAUAUGUCCACACAUUCUACAUAAAUGAAACAAAAGAAAAGAAUGAGACUGGAUACAAUUUCCUAAUAAAAACAAAUAUCAGAAGUAUGGAAAGAAAAUGGGUGAAAGUAAAUUUUUGAAAGCUAAACAGGAAAAAUAAAACAUUGCAGCUAUGUAAAAUUAUGAACUUACACAAUCGUUUAAAUUAAUUUAAUUUCCAUGUAAAUUCUAUCAGGUGUAUUACUUGAUUGCAUUAUACCAGUAACUGCAAUGCCCAAUAUUCCAUUAUGGUUAGCACUAUUGAAAUGUUUCAAAACGGGAAAAGGAGAAAGAGCGCAAAAAGCCUUCCAUUAUUACCCCGGUGAGACCCGGUCAUAUAUUCUAGUUUUUACCUGAGAUAAUAAAACAUGUCUGUAUUUUGUAAUAUAAAACAUGUCUGUAAUAUAAAACAUGUCUGUAAUAUAAAACAUGUCUGUAAUAUAAAACAUGUCUGUAAUAUAAAACGUAUCUUUCCGUCACCAGAGUCCACUUCCCUGGUCAGAGUGCCCCACCUACACGUCACGUGACAACCGAACUGUUGUGGUGGAGGAAUGUGAGCUAAGUGGCCCAUCGUCCUACUUCUGGUACAGACGGGCGCUGGACAUCUCACCGGGCAUCGGUGACAUCGGUGGCAUCAAGUGGAAGAUACUGUUGUGUCAUAUCUUAUCUUGGAUCGUCGUCUUUCUUUGUAUCUGCAAGGGCAUCAAGUCUUCGGGAAAAGUGAGUCCAUCAAAGUAGUAAAUCAAAUGAGUAAAACCAAGUAGGGUUAAACCUGAAAAAAAAAGGAACGCAACAAAACAAUGAACGUGUCGGCAGAAAGCCUUCGUCAGCGAACAAAACAACUAAAAAAAAAAACAGAAAUCAAAGUAGUAGAUUUAUUUGUUUAUUCUCUAUGGCCAUAUCAACGUAAAAGUUGAAUGUGUACAUAAGAAAGAGUUACAGAUUUUGUAUCGCUCUCUUUAAAAAUCAAAGACAUAUUUAUCAUAUGACAAACAAAGAUCUCUUCUACAACAGCAAAAAAAUUCAUGUAUAGAAUUUAAGAUCAAAUUUUAAGUUUUAAAAAUUUCACUUUUUCCCCAAACAUUCUCAAUUUUUGAAUGUAGAUUUUUUUAAAAGUUUUAUCAGAGAUUUUUAACGUCUUAAAACUAAGUAUCGUGAGAGACACAGGACAGGGUGAUUCAAGAACACUUGGCCAUCAAUUCAAUGUUUGUUACUAAUCGAAAACUCCAUUCUUUUUAGUCGUGAUUAUAACAAACCCGUUUGAUAGAUUCCCUCGUGUCACGCCCCAGUAGUGUCUCAGUCAAAUCAAAGUAUAAGGGCUUAAAAGCCGUGUGGCUACUUGUUGCUCCUUGGCGACAAAAUAAUGAUUAUUUACACAUAAAGGUUAAGGAUUGAUAAUUUUAUUACAUUUUUUUUUUUUGCUCCAUAAUGCACAUGUUCAUUAUUGUUUUCCAGGUUGUAUAUUUCACUGCAACAUUCCCUUAUAUUGUUCUCAUCAUCUUCUUCGUUCGGGGCAUAACAUUAGAAGGCGCGGUGCAUGGUUUGGUUCAUAUGUUUACACCAAAGGUAAGACUGUGCCAUUAGAGUUGUUCUUUUUAUUUAAUUUUUAAGAAUUUAUAUAUAAAUUUAUAUUUAUACAUAUAUAUCUAUAUAUAUCUAUAUAUCUAUAUUAUAUCUAUAUAUAUAUAUAUAUAUAUAUAUAUAUAUAUAUAUAAAUAUAUAUAUAUGUCAUCUUAAAUUAUGAACAACAAAAAAUGAGCUACUGAAUAGAGACAUGACCUUCAAGACUGUUCACUCAGAUAGGCACAAGGUAACCGGGAGGGGGGGGGAGACGACAGGUCAGCAGACUUUUCCCUCUGACAGACAAAGCGUAUCAGGCGGGAACAAUGGUCAGCAUACUGUUCCCACAGACAGUCACGAGGUAUGAGGUGGUAACUAUGGUCAGCAUACUGUUCCCACAGACAGUCACGAGGUAUGAGGUGGUAACUAUGGUCAGCAUACUGUUCCCACAGACAGUCACGAGGUAUGAGGUAGCACAAUGGUCAGCAUACUGUUCCCACAGACAGUCACGAGGUAUCAGGUUGGAACAAUCGUCAGCAUACUGUUCCCACAGACAGUCACGAGGUAUCAGGUUGGAGCAUCAAGUCAAACUUAAUUGAUAUUUUCAAUAGAAAAUAGAGAAGCAAGACAAAUUUUAAUGUAAACAAAGAAGUAGACAAAUCAGAAAGUGAUCCUUAUCAAAUAUACACAAUACAAACAGAAAGUGAUCUUUAUCAAAUAUACACAAUACAAACAGAAAGUGAUCCUUAUCAAAUAUACACAAUACAAACAGAAAGUGAUCCUUAUCAAAUAUACACAAUACAAACAGAAAGGGAUACUUAUCAAAUAUACACAAUACAAACAGAAAGUGAUGCUUAUCAAAUAUACACAAUACAAAGAGAAAGUUAUAUUUAUCAAAUAUACACAAUACAAACAGAAAGUGAUGCUUAUCAAAUAUACACAAUACAAACAGAAAGUGAUGCUUAUCAAAUAUACACAAUACAAACAGAAAGUGAUCCUUAUCAAAUAUGCACAAUACAAACAGAAAGUGAACCUUAUCAAAUAUACACAAUACAAACAGAAAGUGAUCCUUAUCAAAUAUACACAAUACAAACAGAAAGUGAUCCUUAUCAAAUAUACACAAUACAAACAGAAAGUGAUCCUUAUCAAAUAUACACAAUACAAACAGAAAGGGAUACUUAUCAAAUAUACACAAUACAAACAGAAAGUGAUGCUUAUCAAAUAUACACAAUACAAAGAGAAAGUUAUAUUUAUCAAAUAUACACAAUACAAACAGAAAGUGAUGCUUAUCAAAUAUACACAAUACAAACAGAAAGUGAUCCUUAUCAAAUAUGCACAAUACAAACAGAAAGUGAUCCUUAUCAAAUAUGCACAAUACAAACUGAAAGUGAUUCUUAUCUAAUAUACACAAUACAAACAGCAAGUGAUCCUUAUCAAAUAUACACAAUACAAACAGAAAGGGAUACUUAUCAAAUAUACACAAUACAAACAGAAAGUGAUGCUUAUCAAAUAUACACAAUACAAAGAGAAAGUUAUAUUUAUCAAAUAUACACAAUACAAACAGAAAGUGAUGCUUAUCAAAUAUACACAAUACAAACAGAAAGUGAUCCUUAUCAAAUAUGCACAAUACAAACAGAAAGUGAUGCUUAUCAAAUAUGCACAAUACAAACAGAAAGUGAUGCUUACAUGAAAUAUCAAAAAUAUCCAAUGGAAAUAAGAACGUGUUUUUUUUUUCUCUUUCUAUUGUUGAAAUAAUUCAAAUAAAAAAUAAACAUAUUUUUUCUGAACUAUUUAAUGUUUCUUUCUUUCUGUUCCCAGGUGGAUCAGUUGCUGGAUGUUAAUUGUUUAUUUCUUUCUUUUCCCAGAUGAAUCAGUUGCUGGAAGUUGUUUCUUUCUUAUUGUUUCCAGAUGGAUCAGUUGCUGGAUGUUAAUGGUUUCAUUCCGUCUGUUCCCAGAUGGAUCAGUUGUUGGAUGUUAACUGGUUUUUUCUUUCUGUUACCAGAUGGAUCAUUUGUUGAAUGUUAACUGUUUCUUUCUUUCUGUUCCCAGAUGGAUCAGUUGCUGGAUGUUAAUUGUUGGCUGGACGCGGCUGCCCAGAUUUUUUUCUCAUUUGGUUUGGCGUUUGGAGGCCUGAUUGCCUUCUCUAGCUACAAUCCGAUGAAGAAUGAUGUCCAGAAAGAUGCGGUCAUCAUUGGCAUCACCAACUGGGCAACUGCAAUCUUUGCUUGUACCGUCAUAUUCAGCGUGAUUGGAUUUAAGGCAACUGUCAUGUACGACCAUUGCAUUGAUAAGUAAGUUGGACAGGAUUUAAGGCAACUGUCAUGUAUCAUCAUUGUAUUGAUACGUUUGACAGAAUUUAGGGCAACUGUCAUGUUUCAUCAUUGUAUUGAUAAGUUGAAUAGAAUUUAAGGCAACUUUCAUGUAUCAUCAUUGUAUUGAUAAGUUUAACAGGAAUUAAGGCAACUGUCAAGAAUCAUCAUUGUAUUGAUAAGUUUAACAGGAAUUAAGGAACCUGUCGUGUUUCAUCAUUGUAUUGAUAAGUCGAAUAGAAUUUAAGGCAACUUUCAAGUAUUUUCCUUGUAGUGAUACGUUCAACGAGAUUUAAGGCAACUGUCAUGUAUCAUCAUUGUAUUGAUUAGCAAGUUGGGCGGGAUCCCCAUUCCUCUCUUCAACACUGCAGUUUGACUACAUUUGUUAUGAAUUGGAACAAAGAAUGUCUUAUUUUAGCAAUGAUGCAUAACGAAUGUCUUAUUUUAACAAUGAGGAAGAAAGAAUGUCUUAUUUUAGCAAUGAUGUACAAAGAAUUUCAGAUUUUAGCAAUGAUGUACAACGAAUGUCUUAUUUUAACAAUGAUGAAAAAAAGAAUGUCUUAUUUUAGCAACGAUGUACGACAUAUCUGUCUUAAACUAUCUACACCUGGUCUGUGUUCAUCUGUUUGACUUCGGCUUCAACUCCAACCUGAUUUAGGGGAGGGAAAGAGGGGAGGGGGUGGUUCCGGAUUAAUGAGACAAUUUUGAUUGUUGUAACCGGCUUGGAUUGGUAUUGUGAUACUAUCGUGGUGGGUAUUGUGAUACUAUCGUGGUGGGUAUUGUGAUACUAUCGUGGUGGGUAUUGUGAUACUAUCGUGGUGGGUAUUGUGAUACUAUCGUGGUGGGUAUUGUGAUGGUUUUGCGAGGGGUAUUGUGAGAGAUAUGGGGAUAAUUUUAUGAUAGGUAUUGUGAUGUUAUUGUGAUGGUAAAGUGAUGGGUAUUGUGACGGAAUGUGAAGGGUAUUGUGAUGGUAUUGUGGUAGGUAUUGUGGUAGGUAUUGUGGUGGGUAUUGUGAUGUUAUUGUGACGGAAUGUGACGGGAAUAUAGACGGUAUUGAGAUGGGUAUUGUGAUGUUAUUAAGUUUGACUUUAAGAUGACUACUUGACCAGUGGCGGUCCGGAAGUCAUUAGUCAUGACAAUUUACAUAUCAAUUUCAUCUGAAAUGUGUAGUCAUAUUCCCACUCACGCAUUGUCUUAACAUUGAUUGCUUCGUACUAAAUGUUUAAUUCUUGGAAUCCUAAACUCAAGCUUCCCUAAUCCAGAUGUAUGGUCAGGUACUUAAAAAGUAUGGGUGUUGGUGGUGGAGGGGGGGGGGCAAACUGGGUGUCCGUCCUUGACCCUGUGCUUGUUGGAGAUCCGCGCGUAGCCAUUUUAAAAAUAGCAACUAUAAUAAAAAAUAUUUUUCUCCAACUGACAGCAAUAUUAAAUUUAUUUAUAAACUAGCUGGGAUAACGCAACAACGGGGAGUGGUGAAUCAUAUAUGUAGAUAUAUCAGUGGAACCUCUCAUAACGAGCAUAAUUCGCUCCAGAAUCUUACUCGUUAAGCGAAACACUCGUUAAACGAAACACUGUUUCCCAUGCAAAUUAAUGUCAAAUACGAUAAUGCGUUCCAUGCUGAAAAAAUUCUCAUUUUUCAAAAAAUUUUAUAAACAUUUAUUCAAAUAAAAUUAAUUAUGAAUUGUUAUGGAGUGUAACAACUUGGAAUGCAAUUUAGAAAAUUGUAUCAGAGAAAGUAAGUUUCGCCUUCUCACCAAUUAUGUUUUCGUUAAUAGUGUCGCCUUGCAAUCGCUUCUCGUUUCUCCAUAUUAGAAGCAACCUCACAACAUCAUCAAGAAUACGUCACCGUUUCGUAGAGAUUCUUGACCCUCCCUAUAAGAAUCCAUCUCCUUAAUUUUGUUUUUGUUCUUGAGAAUAGUGCAGAUCGUUGAUGUUGACCGAUUGUAUGUGCGCGCUUAGAUUAGCCACGCUCACACCUUGUUCUCGCUUUUCAACGAUUUCACGUUUCAUUUCAACAGUUAUUUUUUUUCUCUCGGAUGAUUGGCUUCUUGUGGUGUUUUCUUCGAACAUAUUUUAGCACAGGUUAUUUACACUUUGCACAUUAAAAAAAUGCGAAUACUGUCUGAAUACAAAAUUUGUAAAAAAAAAAAAUGGUGAUCACACACGAAAACAAUACGCUAACAGACCGAGUGCUAAACACAGAUUAAUGAGUGCUAAACACAGACUAAUGCAUCGGCGCGGAAGUCCGGGCUCACAAAUGAAGUCGUGAAAAAGGGACUUCCCCUUUCUGCGUAACUCGUUAUGCGAAAUGUCGCUCGUUAAGGGAGCAACUUCUUCACAUUUUUUUUUCCUCGUUAUGCGAAUUACUCGUUAUGAGAGGUUCCACUGUAUUUUUAUAUAUAUAUAUAUAUAUAUAUAUAUAUAUAUAUAUAUAUAUAUAUAUAUAUAUAAAUCACUCUCCCGUUCUUAUAUAUAUAUAUAUAUAUAUAUAUAUAUAUAUAUAUAUAUAUAUAUAAAUAAAGGCUGCGACUAUUCGCACCCGGGUACCAGAAGUGAGACGUUGGGAUUUUUAAAAAACUAUUUAAAAUAUUAUUGUCGGGGUUUGUAAGACAAAAUUAGCUAUCAAAUGAAAGAUAAUUGAAUGGACUAUGUGUUUGUAAACUUACUUCUCCAGUUUAACUAAAAUAAAUUACCACAAAUGACAUCCGAAUAGCAUUUGGUCUAAAGGAACCCGGGUCCGAAUAGCGGCUGCUGGCAUCCGAAUAGCGGAUAUGCGUACUAAUCUAUUAUAUAAAUCAUGCGCCUGAUCACGUAUGCACCAAAGACGCCAAAAGAACGCAUUCGUUACCCACCGUACUGUGUGCCGUGCUGUGUGCCUACUUGUGGUUGCUCCACUAAGCAUUGGUGGAUAUAUGGAACGCCAUGUGGAAUCCCGCCCCCCCCCCCACCGCUAAUAAUACAUUGCAAAAUAAAGGAUAGUUUGUUUCGGUUUUUUUAAUUAAAAUAAUAUGCGAUUGGUCCGGGGGUGAGGGGGGGGGGAGAUUUAGUUGAGGGAGUUAAGAGGUACAAAUUAUUUUAAAAGGAGUAAAACUGUAUUAUCUUUCCUUGACUGGGGCGGACAACGUCCACUAGGGAAUUAUUAUUAUUAUUAUAGAUCAUUCCUUCCAGCUGACAGUAACAUUAACAUUGUUUGUAAAUCAUUCUUUCCAGCAAUAUUAAAAUCCUGGGAGAAAUGUGUGGCAACUUGAAUUACAGCUCUACGCUGUGCGCAGGACACAACAGCUCCACGGACAUCUCACGAGAUGUUUACCAGCAACUGUUCGAAGGCAAUCAGACAGCAUUUAAAAACAUCACUGCCAAGCCAUUGCGAGAGUGUAGCCUAGAAGACGAUCUCAAUAAGGUAGGCAGCUGGGAUAGAGUGUAGCCUAGAAGACGAUCUCAAUAAGGUAGGCAGCUGGGAUAGAGUGUAGCCUAGAAGACGAUCUCAAUAAGGUAGGCAGCUGGGAUAGAGUGUAGCCUAGAAGACGAUCUCAAUAAGGUAGGCAGCUGGGAUAGUGUGUAGCCUAGAAGACGAUCUCAAUAAGGUAGGCAGCUGGGAUAGAGUGUAGCCUAGAAGACGAUCUCAAUAAGUAGGCAGCUGGGAUAGUGUGUAGCAUAGAUGCCGUUAUGUCCCAGAUUACAACUUUCAGAAAUGUGAAAACCUAACAAAUUAAAAUACAACCAAUAAGACCAACCAAUUUAAAUAUUUAUUUUCUUCGACUUACAAUAUCAUGGCUAAACCGGCAACCUUAAUUGUUUUUAUUUGGCAAGAAGGGAGAUCCCAUAGAGCACACGAGACCAUUGGACAAGGUGACUGAAAUCACGUGACCAAAGGUUAACGUAAUAAUGUGCCGUACUUUCAGCUCCUUUAUUGUCAAAUAAGUCGUGUUCGUUAGUUACGUAACGUACCUGCAUCCUGAAAUAGACACACUAUCGUGUUGAGACACACCUGCAUCCUGAAAUGGACACACUAUCGUGUUGAGACACACCUGCAUCCUGAAAUGGACAAAUUAUGAAGUGGCGACACACCUGCGCCCUAAAGGGUACACACUAUCGUGUUGAGACACACCUGCAUCCUGAAAGGGACACACUUGUUUGGAAAGCUCUUACCUAUAAAGUCUGUUCAUGAACUAUAUUUUAAUAUAUUUUAAUGAACAAAACCUAACACAAAUAUAAGCUUAAAAUUUAGCUGAAAUGUUGUGUCCAAGAGUACAGCAGGAGGAAUGUGUUUCUAUAUUCGGAAUGUGGCUAUACAAUCGCGCCACGAUUUCAUGUAAAUGUCAACAAACAUUUCUCAUGAAAUAGUCACAGAGGCACAAACUUAGGCAGCACCAUCGUUUUAAUUAGCGGAUCCAAGGCGCAUGUCAGGGAGUCGAAGGGGCUAAAGCUGCAAACCAAAGUCAAAAUCUUUAACCAAAAUGUCAAAACAGUUCUACUAUAUGGAGCAGAAACUUGGAAAACAACAGCGAGCAUUACGCAGAACGUACAGACCUUCAUUAACUCAUGCCUUGGAAAGAACCUGAUCAUCAAAUGGUCAAAUAUCAUCACUAACAAAGAGCUACUAGAAAGGACUUGUCAGGUGACCAUUCAUGAAGACAUAAAGAGAAGAUGGAGGUGAAUAGGGCAUACUCUCCGAAAACCAACAGGUAGCAUCACCAGACAGUCUCUAACAUGGAAUCCACAGGGAAAAGAAAGAGAGGAAGGUCAAAGAAUGCAUGGAGACGCGAGCUAGAGAAAGACACGCAAAGUAUGGGAUACACCUGGAAGCAACUGGGAAGGAAAGCACAGGACCGUGAUAAAUGGAAAAUGUGUGUGGAUGGCCUAUGCCUCGGACGGGGUAAAAAGGUAAAGGAAGAAGAAGAGACACAUAUGUAUUCCCAAUUAAAGCUUCAUUUACAAAUAAGUCCAAAAACUGCUUUGAAGUUUUUAAAUUUUAAAACAGUCUUAACCUAAACAAACACAAAAUCUGAUAUCGUCUAGCAUUAGUUAUAAACGAUAAAUCUCAACAAGUGAUCUUGUCAACUCGAAUCGGCUGAUCGUGGAUUAAAAAUAUUUAAGUUAAAAAAUAUAGGCUACUUAAUAAAUCUGGCACCAGUCGCCGUGCACUAGGAAAAUUGUCCACUGGUCCCUGGUGUAAUGAGAAAUGUGUCCACUGGUCCCUGGUGCAAUGGGAGAUGUGUCCACUGGUCCCUGGUGCAAUGAGAAAUGUGUCCACUGGUCCCUGGUGCAAUGGGAAAUGUGUCCACUGGUCCCUGGUGCAAUGGGAAAUGUGUCCACUGGUCCCUGGUGCAAUGGGAAAUGUGUCCACUGGUCCCUGGUGCAAUGGGAAAUGUGUCCACUGUUCCCUGGUGCAAUGGGAAAUGUGUCCAUUGGUCCAUGGUGCAAUGGGAAAUGUGUCCACUGGUCCCUGGUGCAAUGGAAAAUGUGUCCACUGGUCCCUGGUGCAAUGGGAAAUGUGUCCACUGGUCCCUUGUGCAAUGGGAAAUGUGUCCACUGGUCCCUGGUGCAAUGGCAAAUGUGUCCAACGGUCCGCCAAACUUUAGUUUGGAAGUUGCUGGCCUAGAAGAUGAUCGCAAUAAGGUUGGGAACUAAGGAGUGUGUAGCUUAGAGCAUUGUUCCCGUAUUGGUGAUUCACGGACCGGCGCCAGUACGCGCAUAUCACGCUUUCGGUCCACUCAAGAUGCUGAUUAUGGCAAUUUUAAAAAAAAAACUAUAAUAGCACCUGACCCUUGUGAAACUUUGAAACAUUUCCAAGGGGCCGGAAAAACUUAAAAGUUUUGGAAACGCUGUCCUAUAGGACGAUCUUAAUCAAGUUGCUGUCUUUGAUAUUGUAGUUAUUGUAGCUGUCUUGAUAUUGUAGAUAUUGUAGCUGUCUUUGAUAUUGUAGUUAUUGUAGCUGUCUUUGACAUUGUAUUUCUGUAGCUGUCUUUGACAUUGUAGCUAUUGUAAUUGUCUUUGAUAUUGUGGUCAUUGUUAUUGUCGUUUAUAUUGCAGUCAUUAUAAUUUAUUUUGAUAGUAUAGUUAUUAUUAUUAUUAUUCUCAGUGGUCGUAUGAAGCGCGGAACCCCAGCCUAAGGUUGUGAUCACCGCGCUGUACAUAAAAAUAUUAGCAAACAUAAUCGUGACUUUAAAAAAUAACAUACAUUUAUUGAAUUAAAAACCAGCUGUAUAACAACAAAACAGAAGCAAAUGUUAAUGUUAUUGUCGUAGAUGUUGUAGUUGUUGUAGCUGUCUUUGAUACUGUUGUGUUGUAAUUGUAAUUGUCUUUUAUGUUGUUGUAGUUAUUGUAUCUAUCUUCGAUGUUGAUGUAGUUAUUGCAGCUGUCUAUGUUGUUGCAGUUAUUGCAGCUGUCUAUGUUGUUGCAGCUAUUGUAGCUGUCUAUGUUGCUGCAGUUAUUGUAGCUGUCUAUGUUGUUGUAGUUAUUGUAGCUGCCUGUGGUGUGGUAGUUAUUGUAUCGGGCUAUGGUGCUGUAGUUAUUGUAGCUGCCCAUGUUGUUGCAGUUAAUGUAGCUGUCCAUGGUGUUGCAGUUAUUGUAGCUGUCUAUGGUGUUGUAGUUAUGGUAGCUGUCCAUGUUGUUUGAGGUUAUAGUAGCUGUCUAUGUUGUUGUAGUUCUUUUAGUUGUGCAUCCAUUGUUUACCUGUUUGUUCUCUGUUUGGUGUUCUAGGGUGUGGAAGGGACGGGCUUGGCCUUUAUCAUUUUCACACAAGCCAUCAAUGAAUUUGGGCCUUCAGCUCCCUUCUGGUCCAUUGUCUUCUUUGUCAUGCUGCUCUCUCUUGGCCUGGGCAGCGAGUUCGGUACCAUUGAAGGGGUGACAACUUCAUUGUACGACCUGGAAGUGUUCCCUUGGAUGAAGAAGAAAUGGCUUGUUUCCGGUGAGUGUUCUUGUUGAAAACUUGUUUCAAUGACUGUCCAAGCAUGUCACCGAUUAGUUGAUUGGUUUAAAUGACUGUCCAAGCAUGUCACCGAUUAGUUGAUUGGUUGAAUGAGCUCUUUGAUUACCUCGCUUGAACAGGAUGCACAAAUCUAUAAAUGUUUAACUGUAGUAUUUAUGGUACACGCAUUUUAUUUGGACUGUUACCUGGACAUUUUUUUCCCCCGCCUGCCUCCAGGAUUACUGUGUUUAGUGAUGUGCCUGGUUGGCCUACUGUUUGUGACUGGCAGUGGGUCCUACUGGGUGGCAUUGUUUGACACCUUUGCCGGCUCGUUCCCCCUCAUCCUGAUUGCAUUGUUUGAGUGUAUUGCCGUAGGCUGGAUCUUUGGUGUAAACAGGUUAGAUGAAAACUUUAAUCACAACUUUCAUUUUAGCCCUUCCCCCCAUUCUUCUAAACUGAAAUUUUUCACCGAAUUUGUGUUUUAAAAAUAACAAAGGAAAUGUUUUUCAAUAAAUUAUUUUAAAAAGAAAGUCGAAGAAAUAAAAUAUUAAUUAAAUCUAAGAGAGGUUUGUAUGGGGUUUUUUUUUUUUUUUUUUUUUUUUUUUUGUGUUUUUUUUGUUUUUUUUUUUUUUUUUUUUUUUUUUUUUGGGGGGGGGGGGGGUAUUUACGUGCGUCACUUAUACCAUUUUUGUCAAUUUUUAGGUUUCUAAAUAUACAAUUGAUAGUUCUACAUCUGUAAGUAUUUCUACUUAACAAGAAAUAAUUUAUUUUUUUUAUCAAUUUUCCGAUCCAGGUUUUGCGAUGAGGUCAAGUAUAUGAUUGGAUAUAAGCCCAACUACUUCUGGAGAGCCACAUGGACAGUUAUAGCCCCUUUAUCAAUAAUCGCCCUUCUUUUAGGAACGAUCGUCACCAUGUUCUCCAAACCAAUCACUUACAAGGCUUACAGUGCACAAACAGUGAGUAGCAGAACUUUUACUUACAAACAGUGAGUAGCAGAACUUUUACUUAAAUUGUGGGUGGACAAUUUUAUAAAAUGACGUCUAGGUAUUCUAUAUACUUGCCAGUAUUAUACUUAAUAAAAUAGGAAUUUAUUGUAAAGCUGAAAUUGUAUGAAUUUUAUACAUUUCAUUCAUGAGCAACAAUCAAUAAGCUAUAUACGAAACUUAGUAAAACAAAGUAAGGUUAAACCUGAGAAGGGAACGCAACAAAACAACGAACGUGUCGGCAGGAAGUCUUCGUCAGUGAACAAAACAGAAAAAACAGAAUAAAAUUUAAAAUAGCACUUAGCUUAGAAGUAGUAACCAAGCGGGCAGCAAAUGAAUUGUGACAGAAAGUAAGUGGGUGAGAGAUUAAAUAGGGAAGUGGAAAAGAAAAGAGAAGUAAGUCCAGUGCGAUAGGUUGAAACGUGGAGGGGCUGAGCUACGUUCAAGCUGUGAAAAGAGACAUCACGUUCAUACCAUGUCGUGGUUUUAGUCAUAGGUCAGGAUAAGCCUGUGUUCCAAAUUCACCCAGCUCGGUGAGUUUGUGCUAGCCACGAUCACGCAUAUUGAAAAGUCCGCCUUGCCCUGGUGGUCGCUACUAUUGAAGAGUUUGGAGACGGGACACUGUUUAUCUUGCGUAAUGUUACGGAGGUGUUCCGUAAACCUGUCAGAGCGUCGGCGUCCUGUCUCCCCUAUGUACGACAUCUGACAGAUGGCGCAGACAAUGGCGUAGAUGUCAUUGCGGCUAGUACAAAGGAUAAUCAAUAACAGCCAACUACAGCCUACAAUCUUGAGGUGUGGGAAUGUGCUGCACUUUAAUGACGUUUCCUUCAUGUUGUAAAAACUUGGAACUUGUAGAAAAUGUCUGAAAUAUUAUUUAUGAUCGAGUAGUGCAGAAAUACCGAUUACACAAGGAACUUUCAAAAAGAUUUCCUUCACAGCCAUCAUAUGAAGUUUGAAAAAUCUAUGAACUUUUAACCUCACAACAAACUUAUUAUGAUUCAUUCAUUUACACCAAAUUAUUAACAUUAUUUUAAUAAAUGCAUAAUUUAAUUUUUCACAUUAUGGUGGCCUCUGCUGGCUAAUGAAUGUCCCAUUGGCUAAUGUACCAAUGCCUAUUGGCUUGUAUCCCAUUGCCUAAUAACUAUGGGCUAAUGUAGCCUACCAAUGCGUAUUGCCUUGUAUCCCAUUGCCUAAUGACUACUGGUUAAUGUCCCAAUUCCCAUUGGCUAAAGUCCCACAGCCUCAUGUCCAUUGGCUAAUUUCUUUUUAGACUUUUGUAGUGAGCAGAUUGUAGACAUGUAGCGAUGUUAACACUUUAUAUCUGUUCACAGCUUAUUUCAAGUUUGAAAGUCUCUUCAACUUUGAUUAAGAUAAUCUGGUGAUGAAGACUUUUUUUUAUCUAUUUUAACUGUAAAACAAACUGAAUUAUUUUGUCAAAGGUAUAAUCCUACUAGUAUGAUUUUUUGUUUGUUUUUAUCCCAGACAUUGAUGACAGAUCUGCCUUACCCGUGGUAUGCAAGUCUCGUGUGUGGCCUUUUAGUGUUUAUCUCUAUACUCUGGAUACCUGUGGUGGCCAUUUUAAGAAAAAUAGGAAUCCUUCAUUAUGAUCAUGCCAAGAAAUUGGCCUCAGAUUUACAAAGAGCCACCAUAUCAACAACAAGGUUUCUGGGAAGUCAGAUGUCAACAAGGUGAGUGUUACUAUAGCAGUCAGUUGUCAUCAAGGUAAUAGCCAUCAGAUGACAUCAACAUAAGAGAAACACAAUGUUAUAAUAACAUGAGUAUAAUUAUUUAAUGACAUCUUGAGUUUAAGACAAGAAAUUGUGCAUGAAUAUUCCCAUUAAUUAUAAUACAAAGACUUUUUAGCCAAUUAAAAUUAGUAUUGCUUUUCGUUUUUUUAGUUAUUUGUAGGCGUCAUUAAAUGCUUUAGGAGAAUGUUUAGUUAAAACACGAAGAAAAAAUUAGAUGGUCUGUGACACUAGGAUAAUGGGCAGCUCUCUAAACAAAAAGGUACUGGAAUAACAAAUGAGUGGCUAGUCAUUGAACUUUGAGCCCCCUUGCCAUGAUUGUCUCUGCUAUUCACUAGCAUCUGUUCAACAAAUGACAUACGUAAAAAAUAAGUAUUUAUGUUUUAGUUUAGUUAUUGCUGUACAAAUUUUGUAUAAAGUUGUGUUUUUUUAAAUUUCAUAAUCAGGUCAGAAGAUCGUGAUUCUGGCCACAACUCUGAUGAGGACCACAAUGUGAACAAAGGUCCAGAAAGACCAAUAGAGUUUUACAUAGAGGAUAUCAUGACAGCAUCUUCACAUAACACAGCCAGGGAAACUAAUGUGUGAUUGAUCCAAAAAUUCUACUGUGUUUUAGAUAGCCACCCAUUGACCCAACAAUUCUACUGUGUUAUAGUUAGCCACCCAUGUAACUUUCUCACACCUUUAUGCAUUAAAAUAUCUUGUGCAUUGCAAAUAAAAUUAAGAGAUAUGUAGAAAUUAUGGUAAAGGCCACAAAUCAUUAAUUAAGGUAAAGGACACAUAUCAUUAAUUAUGGUGUUGGCCACAUAUCAUUAAUUAUGGUAAAGGCCACAUUUCAUUAAUUAUGGUAUAGGCCACAAAUCAUUAAUUAAGGUAAAGGCCACAUAUCAUUAAUUAUGGUGUUGGCCACAUAUCAUUAAUUAUGGUAAAGGCCACAUA